GUAAUAAAUCAUUUAUGCAUGCGGUGUUAGAAAUGAGCCACAGUGUUUUAUAAAUCUUGAUCUGUUUAUGAGAUCAUGGAACUUUAUUGGGGCGACAUCAACAGAAAGAGAUGUUUACCACUAGAAAACAAGUAGAUAUGGAACAGACUGGCUUUAGUUUUUUACAAGGCAAAUUGCAAAAAGAAGCUGCAGGUUGUAUUAUCAUAGAUGACUAUGAAUGGCCUAGUCUUGAAUAAAUGAGUUCACUAGAUAACAAUCUUUUCUCAAAGCAGCAACAGAACUAGAAGAACUGAAAUGAGAUAUCUGCACGAAGCAACGUGGCAACAGCAGACAUAUCCUUCAAGCUGUUCUUCAAACUUCUACAGACCUCAAAAAAUGUGAGCUGCAAAAACCUUAAAGCAAAAUGAAGCUUAAACAGUACAACUGGACCAUAAGGAGGUCAACUGCAAAAAAGUGAAAUUGCUAACUGUCAUAUAUAAGUCAUAUAUACUUUGUGUGUUCUUUGGAGUUCACUCAUGUUUAUGAAGGCUGCAUUAGACUGUGUUCAGAAACACCCAGGUCUUCAUAUAUAAAUUGGAUGAUACUCCUUUUGAGUGAGUUCCCUUCUACAAGUUGGGCAAAAGUUUGAAUGCCCAAGAGCAUUGCUGAGGCACAGACUACAGAAGAUGUGGCCACAUUUUGUUGACACUAUAAGCCGUCCGCUUUGCACAAUCUCUGCAUAGCUCUCUAUGCAAAUUGGACAACACACAGUGCCUGAGGAUCUUGAACUUGCAAAUUCAUUCCUUCCCACUUCUCUGGGCAGCUCUCUAGUGGCAAGAGCAUCACUCUCUGUGUGCCCACUAUCAUCAUCAUCAUCAUCAUCACUACUUAAUAUAAGACUGUCAGACAAUGGUUGACGUCUGAACUCUCUAUUGGGCUGCUGUCCACUCUCUCCAACAACCACAACAGAAUCGUUAUGUGUAAGAUCAACAACUAUAGGUUCUGAAGUUUCGCAAGUGAGGUCAACUACUUCCUCAUCAACACUUCUAUCAUCAAGUCUGAGUGGCUCUACUUGUGCAGCUGCAGCAGCUAUUUUCCUUUGAUUACGAGUUUGCAUAGAGUGAGUCUUGCCUCCACAGUACUUUCUCUGAAUGUCCUGAUGCUCAGUUCCUUUGCUAUCACUUAAAGGAGUAGUUUGUUCCAUAAAACUCGGGCCUGCAUUAGGAGGGGAGCCAGCAAGGGCAGUUUGUAAAGGUAAGGCCAGGGAGGAAGUAGAAGGCAAAGAGGAGGAAGAGGAGGAAGAGGAGGGGAUACAGGGUUCAGAAGCAGUUCCCCCCAUCAUCUUGUCCAGAGCAUUACGAGGUCUUGCUGAGGUGUUGCGACUGCCCCUCUUGCUUUUCCUGUCCUUGGUUGCAUUACAUUCUGUACUAGUUGAACUCAUGAUGCACAGGGAUGGGAGAGGCACAGGCUGCAGGGUACUUGCUUUCCCCCUUAUCUCCGUGUGCUGUUCACCGCUUAGCUGCCAACCAAUUUUGUAAUGUGAUAAUGAUGAUCAUGAAUGCUCUCUCUAAAGCAGCUUUAUGCAACUGGUGAUGCUUUGGAGCACUGUAACUUUUUUUGGAGUUGUCUCUUUUAUACCAGGUACUCCGAAGCUGCGAGCAAGUUCAAAAUCUCGAGGAGUUAGGGUGUAUUUCCUGUUACUCUUUAGAACUGCAUUAAAGUAGGAAGAAACAUGAUUAGGCUAAGAAACAAGGACACCAAUAUUAAUUUUCUAUCUUUCAGCCAAGAGGUUAGCUAAAACAAUUAGGAUUAUUACGAGGUGGAGUAUCUUUCCCUACCUUGACAGUUCUCUUUAUACAAGAGUUUGAUAAGGAGAAGGGAAGAAUUCAUGGAAAACUGAUGAAGGCCUCUUGCUCAAGAAGAACCAGGGCACAGAGCCAAGCUGAGGAUGAUGGGAAAUAUUAAAUGAAAUUCCUUUGUGUUGCGUCUACUAGAGCGCACUUCCUAGGGCUGCUCUCGCAAGAGGUGUUUUUCAGGUAUGACACAUUCAGUGUGUACACCCAAGCCUUGAAAAUGCACAUACAAAUCUUGCAAACUAUGCAGUGCUGGUGGUGAAUCCAGUGUUUUGUUUUUUUGAUUGUCCUCAUGACAGGCCAAGGAACAGCAUGGCCUAUGCCACCCAAGAAGAGGCAUACCAGCAUGGAGUUUCCGCAUGCGUCACAGUUCUCCUUUAACACUUAUCUUGUUUUGUGUAGCUCUCUCCCCCAAAAGGAGGUUUGGGGGAACUUAUUCCUAAAGUUCCAGUGUGGCACUAACAUGCAUGCACAUGAGAUUCCUGAAACUGCACCCUUAUGGUGCAGUGUUUUUCUAGUAGGUCCUAGGUCUAACAUGGUAACUCUGUUUUUAAAGCAGAAGGAUAGAUGGGGGGGGGGGUGAGUCUCUGCUGAAAUCUCCAACUAUCAAUUCUUCAGAGUAGCCAGCUCCAUCAGGCCAUCCCUUUCGCCUCAACAUUCCCCCAUCUUGCAGCAACAUUCCAUCAUGCCACAGCAGAGGGAGAGAAGAGAAAGAGAGCCACUCUAUGCAUUCAGCUGAGAGAACAAUGCUUGCCUUGCCUUCUCCUUGAACUAUUUCCAUUCCAGCUGAUCAUUACAAUAACUCUGUAACUAAGAUCUAAUGCCAGUGUUUGCUUUCCCUCCCUCUUCCCCUCAUUAUCCCUUUUCCUUUCGUGUUAUAAGAGCUGUCUGACAGAGGAACUGUCUCCCUAGGGAGGUUGUGGACUCUCCUUCCUUGGAGGUUUUUAAGCAGAGGUUGGAUGGCCAUCGGAUACAUAUGAUCUAGUUGAGAUUCCUGCAUUGCAGGAGGUUGGACUAGAGGACCUUUGGGGUUCCUUCCAACUCUACAAUUCUAUGAUCUUUUACACUGUAAGCCUGAGAGCAGGGAUUGCCUUAUUAAUAUCUGUAAGCAGCUUGAGGGGCCUUUUCAGAUGAAGAGCAGAGUAAAAAUGCUAUAAAAAUAAUUAUAACAGAGGAAGAUCAGGAUCCUAGAGGUGAAAGAUGACGCAUGUUCUGCCACAAACAGAUCUUACCUUUGCUGUGAUGAGGUGUUUUGUGAACUUUGAUUCCGAGCUGCAGACCAUAGCAGAGAGGCUGAAAGAGAAAGACGGAAUUAGAAACAAAGGAAUCGCACUAGAUUCACACCUGAACCUGCUUUUAAUAAGCAAUGAAGCUGUGCCAUUUCCAUAAAUAGUGGGAAUGGCUGUUGUGUCAAAGAAAGUUGGGAUGCGAAUGUUCCCUUUCUUUAAGAUCUUUAAUGGAGUAUUUUUUUCUUAACAGCAAAAAUAUUAAUAGGCACCAAGAUUCAGCCUCAAAAGGUCCCUGUAGUCCUUCAGUAUUAAAGACCUGGUGAAACAGAAGUGGGCUCAAGGAAAUCUUGCAGAGAUUUAUUUGUCUGAUUACACUUAUAUCUCACCUUUCUUCCAAAAUGGAAGCCAAGGUGGUGUACAGGUUGUUCCCAGCUGGUCUCCCAUUCAAGCCCUGACCAGACACAGGCCUGAUCAGCUUUAGGAAAGUAGCAGCCUCAUGUGCCUUCAUGAGGCAAUAUCCUGAGGCUUGGCCUGAAGGCAUAUGAGGCUACCACCUCGUGAGUUUGGCUCCAGCACUCCAAUGCUAGCUUUUCUAGAUUAAGUGAGCUGGAAAAUAUCAAAUUAAAAAUAGUUUAAACAUAACUCCUUCUACUGCAGACAGCAAGCCUCAGAAAUAAUGAGAGCAGAGUAAAAAUGAUGACCAUUAACCUGACCAAAUUAAUGGCAAGAUUAGUCAAAAUCCAUUCUUGGAAGCAGCUAUUCUUAACAGCUUAUUAGUUUAAUCACAUUUUGCAGUCAUAGCACUCGACUUACUUUCCUUGCAAGGAAAAAACAACCUGCGCUAAGUAAUUAUUUACAGGGGUUGAACAUGAAAAUGUGGACUAUUUAAUGAGGGAAGUUACUUUCAGCAGUUCCUUUAAGCAGCUGCUUGAGUGAAACCUUGGAGACCCCUUUUCCUUCUGGUUCUAGUCUUGGGGGCUCAACCCAGUGAAGACUUGGCAUGUCUAAUAUCACUGAAGUCAAAAGGAGUUGGGCACUUCUAACUCUGCACAGGAUUAGGCUUUAAGAGUCCAUGAAGUAUCCAUAGCCUAAUCAGCACAUUUUACAUUUGAUUACAAGCAGAAAAACCCAAAUUUGCAGUUAUUACCAGAGUCCUUUCCUUCUUAAUGAUCUAAAAUCCUGUCACCUGGGGAUAAGGCUCCAGAAAUUUUCAAUCUGCUUGGCAGCCAACCAGUGGUUCGGAUUGUGAAACACACAAAUGGUUGCACUCAUACUAUAAUGGCUCCUCAUUCCUACUGCAGCCCCUUUUACUCUCUGACAAGCUGCUCCUGGGGGUUGAUUGCACUGCACGCUGCCCUAGAGGGUCCAAUGUGGAGGUGGGGAUGCAACUGGAAGAAAUCAGCUUUCACAGGUUUCCAGAUCCCACCACUGCUCCUAAUUAAUCACUGAGGUUCAGUGCUUUCACUGCAUUUGAGAGGAUCCCUUUUGAACCUGCUACUCUGUGAAGGAGAUUUUUUUCCAUAGGGGAAAAGCAGCUGUGUGUGUCUGAAUGCAUAUGUGCACAGAGCAGCCCCUCUGUUUAAACCCAUGACAUUAAUGGUUCAUUGCAGCAUUUUGAAGAAGUUACUCUCCACUUCCCUGUGUUAGCAGCAGCUUUCAAAAGAUACAUCAUUCCUGCAGUGCAAUAUACAGCAGGAUUUCCCUACUAUUUGCCAGAAUUAAAUCUCUGGUUACCAGUGGUGACCUUAUUUAUGGAAUUCUGGCUGCUUAUUUGAUGGCAUACUUACCAAACUUUUAUACACGCAAUAAAUUUCAUAGCCAGUGGGUUCUUGGUUUUUUGUAGUAGCACAAAAAUUCCUAUAAUUUUGUCACUACACUUUGAGCACACAGGAGAAUCCAAGAAGCUCUUGCUGAUCUUACGCUUGGAACCACGUUAAGAAUUAGGUGAACAGAUACAGACUUAAAAGCACAAUCCUAAUCUUUCUUACUCUAUAACUUACUCUGAUUCCAGUAGACCUUCCAGGCUAUAAGUUUCCUUGGUUAUUCAGACUCUGGUGCAUGAGAAUUGUAGUUUAGAGGCAUAGAGAGGGUUCACAAAUUAUUAUGUGGAAAAUGCUGGGCUGGUUCAAAUUUUAAUUUUACCAUCCUCCUCUAACUUUCUGAGUUCAUAAGCAUGCAUGUUUUAAAUGCAAUAUGUGUGUGAUGCCCCCUGCUACAUCUGCUUAGAUUUAAGCCUUGCUCAACAGCAUGCUGGAAUAUUUUGCUCCUUUACAGAGCUUGGGCCAACACCAGAAUUUGAGGGGUCAUCUGGGUCUACGUACACCACUUGGCUGUCUGCUUUGCAAACUAAACAGGGGGCUGGGGGGGAGUUGUGUCCAGUGUCACAAUGAGCAGCAGGAGCAGCCUAUUGUGGCAGGCUACAAAAAGGGGAGGGGGUGGAACUAAGAAGAGAGGCUGGAAUCAGCAAUGGUGGGCUCUCAAGUGGACAUGGGCCUCUUCAUUCUUUCUCCCACAUGCCUGCCAUGCUAGGUCUCCUCCUGUAUGAGGUAUUAAGUAACAUUAUGGAGAUGCAUAUGAUAGUGCAAACCGGCAGACAUGGAUUUGGAGUGGGAUUCCACCAGCAGAUGCAGGAGAACAGGGAAGCUGAACAGAUGUCAUUGAAAUUGUACUCAAUACUGAUCCAGAGUAGAUUCCAUUGUAUAGUUGCAGGAUUCCUAAAAAAUAGACCGGAGGCAUUUCAUCCAGCAGAGCUUUACUGCUACUGAAGGCAAAUGAGCAGAAUGGUCACAAAUCCAAUACAUUCAGGAUUGGCACUGUCCGUAAGAAAUCCAGUUGCAGCAAACUUAACUUAAACUGACAAUAUUUUAUCAAAAGACUAAACCUUAACUCUAUAUACAGAACACCACAUCAGUUGUAAAAAGAGACAGAAUUAGAGAGAAUGAAACCCAGGCUACUUCUGGCCUCACUAUUAUGACCUUGACAGAGAUAACAGAACCAGCUUAAACCAGUGGUAUUUUCUAGAACAGUGACUUUCACCUAAUCAUUAUGACCUGAGAAAUAAGCUGGGCAAAUAAGCUGGAACUUGAAAUAUGGGUACCCCCCACAAAAAUUUAAAAUUCGGCUUUGUAAUUUGUAAUUUAUGUGAUGUGAUUUGAUUUGGUCGGUUAAUAAAAAUUAUUUACAGAAAAAAGAGAAAUAAGCUGGGCACAAUGGUUUAACUUGAGGACUGUUUUAUGCUGCUUUUAUGAUCUUGUGACCUUUUAGUUUAUUAGGUUUCAUUUGGAUUGAAAUUUUUAUUAUUUCAUUCUUGCAAUCUAUCCUGGCAAUAUGAUUGAAUGGCAGUAUAAAAAUGCUUGUAAUUAAUUAUUGCAUUACUUCUGGGGUGACUGAGGAAAGGACAACAAUAUGGGAAAUCUAUAACUGGCAUACCAGAUGAAGCUGGUAAAAGGCACUCCUAGCCACAAAAGUCACUUGGGCAUAUUGCUGGCAUCAUGCUCCAAAAUGCCCAAUGAUGGUUCUUAAAAUAACACCCUACAGAACUCCGUAGCACAAGUAGUAGGAAUGAACCACUGUAAUACAGUGUCUCUAAUAACCACCCUGAGUAAUUGGUCCAUAGUCAACAGCAACAAAAGCCACUUGAAGGGCAAGCUGGAGUAACAGGGUUGUAUUCCACCUGCUCCUCUCUUAAUAAAGGUGACCAAGUGCACAAACCAGGCCUGAACCCUCACUGAAAUGGAUCCAGAUAAUCAUUGAACUCUAGAAACACCUGCAGCUGGUCUUCUAGAACCUUCUUUAUAUUGUUUAUAUUGUAUAAAUAUAUUGUAUAAAUUAUACAAUUUUUAUAUUGUAUAAAUCCUAGAAUCAUUUGUUUCUAUCAGUCAGCAUGCUUAACACUUCAAUUCACUAGGUGUUCCCUCAAACACUAAUAAAAAAAAAUUGAAGUAACACAAAAGAUCUUCAAUUAUAACAUCACUAUUAAUAUUUUUAUUCUUCUGCUGUAGUUUGUGUUAGUAGGGUACUUUUGUUUGCAAAGGUUGAUUCCUCAGGUUUUAAAGAAAAUUAUUAAGUAUCUUAAAAAUAAAAACACACUUUUUCCUAUGAUUUUUAGUUUAAUCACUCAAGGCCUCUUAUUCUUCAAUAUGCAGUAAGAAUUAUACACAAUACAUUUUCAAUUAAGCUGAGAGUGGAAAGUUUUAAAACAUCCAGGUUAGAGUGAAACAGAAAAAUAAAACCAAUAACUGUUUGAAUUACUACUAUAACAGGAUGGAUAAAUGACCUUACCUAGCUCCUUAAUAGCCAGAUACCCUAUUGUAUCUGCCUUACAGAACAGGAACUACACAGUCGUUGUGAGCAAUGAUGAAGUCAUAAUAAUAAUACAACCCUCAAGCCCAACUAAGAGACAAUGGAACGCACACGGUGGAAAACGCCUACAGACACCCAGUAAGGUCAGAAAGAUGCGAGGACUGAGAACGGAACUGUUUUAGUAAGGAACGGUGAAGGUUAGGGCUGGUUCUCUCUAAAAAAUUAUCAACGGAAGCAACUGGAUGAGCUCAUGGGGAAAACUUAACAACAGAAAGGGACUCCGGCAAUUUAGGGAAGGCGGUAAAUGGCACUUUAGAAGCAAGGCAGGGAAAGAACUAGGAAGAGGUUGCAAACAGGAAGAAGAGCCCCCGCCCCUUCUUACAACGGAGACUGCAGCCCCGGAAUAGGAGCUGGAAAGAACCUGCAUGGAAGGCGACCUCACCUGCCCGCGUUCCCGCCCGGCUGACAAGGCGCCGGUACGCAAGUGCACACGCGGCAGCCAUUCCCUCCGCUCCUUCCCUUUUUCUUUGCCGCCCCAGCGGAACCGGAAAUACAGCGCCGUGUGGGGGACGGGGGACCGGAGCAGCGACGCAGCAGGGCCGUCGGGAAACAGAAGCCCAGGAGUCCAGGGAGCGCCCGUUGCCUAUUCCCGCGCGGAAUCCUUCGCCGUGAAGCCUUCCCACCCCUCACUCCCACGGAGGUUUCCGCGAUGGCGACGGCGGUGGUUCAGGAUUUUGUCUCUCGGCAGCUGGAGAUGCUAAAGGAGGAAAGGGAGGCCGAGAUUUCGGAAGCCAGGUAUCGCCGGCGGCUAGUGGACAGUUGCUUUCGUAGGGUUCCUAAGCAGUGUGACUUAUAUUCCCGAAGGGGAAAUAAAACUAUUUAAAGCGAAGUACGGGAUUUUAAAUUUAUAUUAAAAAAAGUUUCCUAGUUACUUCUGUAUGGUUUGGCAUAUCAUAUAUUGGUUUACAAAAAAUCCUGAAGAGACUUGCUAAGGAGCAAACCCCGCUGAAUACUGUGGAACUUUAUACUGAGGAAAUAUGUUUAUAGGGAAUUGCGCUGCCCGUGGGGCCUUUAUGCACACAAUCCGUCCAAAGCUUUUCCCGCCAUGCAGUCAGCUUCCCUGUGGCACUUCUGAGUUAAUCUCUCCCGAGACACAAGAUGCAGUUUUGUUUGCCUAUCUCUGCACACAUUCAGUGACCCUAACUAAGCACGACUGCAAAGGUUGCAGUCCUGCACUUAGGCAUUUCGAAGAAGCUCUCGCACACUGACCAAUUUAGGAUUUGCUUCUGAAUAAACAUGGGUAGGAUUGCUUGGUGAUGGGUGUCCAGGACUUUAGAGAAGGGGUGGGGGGGGUAAAGCACAGAGCCAAAUACAGUAGCAUUUCUUCAUGAGGUAGAAAGUAAUGGCUAUUCUGUUUGGCUAGCAGCGACCCGUAGUUUGAAAAGUUAAAUACAUUGAAGAUCUCAGGUGCUCAAAGAGCAUAAUAUAGGAGUACAAUAGAACCCACAUGAGCUACUUAGUUGAUCCUGGAGCUUGCAUCCCCCAAAAUCUAGUGCCUGUCAAGAGAACCGGGGUAGCGUACAUGGCUAAGAGAUUGAGCUAUUAAUCAGCAAGUCCACUGUUCUAGUCAUGUCUCUGCCAUGAAUUAACUAAAGAAUCAUAGAAUUGCAGAGUUGCAAGAGACCCCAAGGGUCAUCUAGUCCAACCCCCUACAGUGCAGGAAUCUCAAUUAAAGUAUCCAUGACAGAUGGCCAUCCAACCUCUAGUUAAAAACCUCCAAGGAAAGAAAGUCCCUUACCACCUUCUGAAGGAGUCUAUUCCUCUGUCAAACAGCUUUUACCAUCAAACAGCUCUUCCUGAUUUUUCUCCUAAUGGCCUUAAGGAAGCCAUGCUCUUAGCUCCCACCCCCAAUACAAGCCCAGGGGAGACAGGAGAUGGUCAUAGUCUUAUGUUGCAGGGCAAAGAUUACAACUAGAUUUUAUAAUUUAUGUUUAUAAUUUAUUUUCAUGAGCUGCUGUUGGGCCUACUGACUGGCAAUUGGUAGAAAGAUCUGAUCUGAAUUUAGUGGUGCUAGUAUUGUACCGUUGUACUGUAUUGUUUGUUUUAGUUAUUGCUCUAAAUGAAGUAAAAGUUGUUCUAAGAAUAACAUUUUACUGGGUUGUGUGCUGCUCUGGAUUUCUCUGAAGGGCAGUGUGUAAACAAUAAUACUAGUAAAGAUGCCAAUGCACAGAAGCAGCCUUUCGCUUACUCAGAUUGUGGUGCAUAUGACCUUAGAGCACCUUUCUAGAACCAAAACUAUCAAAGGUACAGAAUCCCUGUCUUGCGUCAAACCUGGCAAACCUUGGGCUUUGUACAUACUUAUCUGGGGGUAAGUCCCAUUGAACUUACUUCUGAGUAGGCUAGUAUGCACUGUUAGUAACCAGCAGCUAUUGUAAAUGGUUUCUGUUUCUCACAGUGAAAGUAUAUAGUUUAAGUGAUACCAUCCUGUUUCCUUAUAUCAUAGUAAAAGAAACUGAAGUUUUCAAACUUGUUCAACCAUGGGCUUAGUUGCUGAGUAUUAUUUUAUUGUUAUAAAGUAAAAUGGGCUCUCCUCCCUAAAGAUGAGUUAAAUGUCUUAACACUUAUUUAGGUGAGUAAUCCUUGUAGUACUUGUUGGAAGAUUUUCUAAAAUUACCUGAAAAAGUAUCGAAAUAAUCAGACUUUCAGGCUAAGGCCUGUAUCCAAAGAACCAUGCACUCAGUUCCUCACACCCAAGGGAACUCUAGAUUUGUUUCACAAACAGCAGCCAGAAGCAAAUUAUUAACUGAAAGUCUCUCAUUCCCUACAUUCCCUCCAGGGCCAAGGGGAAAGCAGGUUUGCACACCUCUGUUUAUUGCUCUGAAGUGAACUUUCAAAGAAGCUUUUCAUAUAGAGCAGAAUAGCCCUGAGAUAUAUUAAAGACUCUGCUGCCUGUCAAUAGCCCCUGAUAUCUCAAUGCUUCCUGUUGAUAAUUGAAUAUUUUCCUGCUUUGAGGCUACGCGCAGUUGCCCAUGGCUUGUCAGGCAGCCAGCGGAUGAUGGUAGAUCAGUUAGUGCAGGGUUGUUCAGUAAAUUACUUCUGGAUAAAUGUAAAUGUGGUAUCUCUUAUUUCUGGAGUCAUUCUUUUAUUCUACAUGUGCAUAGAAUCUGUUAAUCUUUGUACAGCUUGUAACUUCUGUGUUCCUUAAAUUUGGCACCUCUUUUUCCCCUGCAGAGUCUUUUGAUCCUUUGCAAAUGUUAAUUUAUAUUAUGCAAAUUACCAAGUGUCCAUUUCCUAGUUUUGAGGCUAAACUAAAAGAAAAAAAGGUGGGUGGAGAGAUGCCAAACGGUUCGGAUUGCUGUAAAACUACCCAAGCAAGAAUCUUAAUUUACCCAGGCCUAGCAUACAUGGACACUUUGUGACAAGGGGGGUCUGGGUAGUCUUGACACUUUCCACAUCCCUGAAUACACAGUAAGGCCCUUGUGUAGACACACAUCAACCUGAGGUAGCUUAGAAAGUAGUGGUACUAGGUUCCUCCAGGUACAGGUCAAAGCAUUAAUCUGUAAUCUCAAUGCCCCAGCAGACAUGAAUGCACACCUACAUUGUCCCAUAGUUUUAUAUUAUUAUCCUUCUUUGGAAGGGUGCCAAAAGAGAAGAAUUGUGCUGCAAAAAAAGAGGAAAGAGACUUGAAUAAGCUUUGCAUACACUAUUAUAUAUUUGCAAAUUUAGAAAUCAAUUAUGUAAUCUAAAUAGAAAUAUACUACAGUUCACGAAACAGUAGUAGGGAAGGUAGUGAACUGCGGACUUGCUCAAUCUGUUGCCCUGGUGCUAAUGGUUGAUGGGCUACUGCAAGACCCUGCUUUUUUUUCUUACAGUUUUAUAUCUUUAAAGUAGACUUGGACAGCCCUUCAAGUAGAGGACACUCUUUCCAAUAAAGGACUGUCCUGUGACAGCCCUUUACAUAGAGGACAGACCUCUGAAAAUAGGACACAUGGGCAUUCAAUCUAGGGAUGUUUCUUUGUUGUCUACCAGCAUUUCUCUUCACAUUCUUCAUGGGCAGAGAGUGGAAGAGGACCAGACCAGAUCUUAAUUCAUACCAUUCUCAAACUUCUGAAUCUAUAACAAUUUUAUGUGUUUUUCCAGGGCAUGGAAGGAAAGUUUCUCCUCAAAGAGCUGCAGCGCAAAGGUGUCUGCUUGCUGAAACUUGAAGUAGCCAGUCAAAGAACGGGGUUGUAUGGCCGUCUGCUUGUAACUUUACAACCUAGAAAGCAUAGCUCAGAGACGGAGCUGCCCUGCAAUAAUUUUGGUCCUGGUGAGUAAUCAGUUGUUGACUUCAAUAGAAAGCAGACAGAAAAGCUACGCCUCAGUGCAUGACAUCACAAGCUCUGUCUGUUCCAGCAGCAGGAGAACCAUCCUUACUUAUGAAAAUUAAACUGUGAAGCAGAUUGUUUUCUGGUCUUGUUUUAACACUAGCCUAUAUUGAAAAACCUACUUAUAUUAGGUCAAAUUUACUUGAUGAUUUCAGGUAGUUAGCAUUCAGCUCAAGAUUGAUGAAACCUAGUGCUGGAGGGUAUUUAGUUCUCCCAUUCACUCUCUGCCUAUGAUGAUAGGUGUCCAACAGUUUUGACAGGAGGAGCUGCCACAGAAGACUGGAUGGUGCUAGAUUGUGUGACAUUUGCAGUGAGGAGAGGCAAAGCAGAUCUUCGAUUAUAUGGCAGCUGGCCAGAAAUUCAUUAACUAAAACUCGGAUGAAUUCUGCUCUCUCUUCCGAGAUCACAUUCUGGCUCAAGUUUUUGAAUCUGAGGAAGUGGUGAUGGUCCUUUAAGGUUUACAGAUCUAAUUCCUCAAGAACAAUGUGAUUUGCCAGGGUAGUUCUCCAUUGAUUCUGUUAUAGAAUAUAAUUUUAAAUAGAUACCGUAUUUUUCGCCCUAUAGGACGCACUUUUUCCCCUCCAAAAAUGAAGGGGAAAUGUGUGUGCGUCCUAUGGGGCGAAUGCAGGCUUUCGCUGAAGCCUGGAGAGCGAGAGGGGUCGGUGCGCACCGACCCCUCUUGCUCUCCAGGCUUCAGGAAGCUAUCCCCCCAGCCCGGCAAGCUCCCAGAGCGAUGCCAAAGCUGUGCGCACCUUCGCCAUCGCUCUCCGGCCCGUUCUGGGGGCUGGGGUUGGGGGAAGCUCCGGCUUCCCCCGCCCCCAGCCCCGCAAGCUCCGAGAGCGAUGGCGAACGUGCGCGCACCUUCGCCAUCGCUCUCUGACCCCGUCUGGGGGCGGGGGGCGGGGGAACCUCGAGCUUCCCCCGCCCCAGCCCCGCACCUGGGGGGAAAAAAAUACCCCCCCUUUAUCCCCCCCCCCAAUCUAGGUGCGUCCUAUGGGCCGGUGCAUCCUAUAGGGCGAAAAAUACGGUACAUAAUUAUUUAAAGGGAGCAGACAUGUAGAAUGAUCAGAAACUGUGGCUUCAAAGUACUUCCCUCUCAUUAAUUAAUUUGUUUUUCAAUCCUGUAUGUGUUUACCUUGCAUUUGUUUUUUAAAAAGGAAAACCAGGCCCUAAAAUCUUUCUACAAAUUAACUUCAAAAACAAAAAGCUUCCUAAAAAGAAACCUCAUAGGUGCCUUUUAAAUCUGUCCUUUUGGUAUGGGAACUAAAAAAAGUUUACACUGCCUUUCUAAGGCAAACUGCAAAGUUGUGGUAGUAAAUUAAUAGUAUGUAGACUGUUAAUAGGACCAUUAACAUCUUUGUUGUUCACCAGAGUGCCUCACAGAUCACAGUUUCAAAAAUCAAUUCUUGAUACUCCUGACCUGGUAACCCAGCUACUUUUGUUUUAUUGAGAGUAGUCUAAGUCAUUACACCGCUAGUGUACAAUCAAGCAAAAUGGUUCAGCAGAGGCUCAUGCCUGAAGUUAUCUGAUGUUUGCAAUUAAUUUAGGCAGCAAUCCUGUUCCUACUUACCUAGGAAUAGCUGCACUGAAUUAUGUGGAACUUGCUCUGAGUAGACAAACGUACCCACUACCCCUGUUCCAUUCACCUUAUUUUCUCCUUCCUAUGCACUUUAUUAGCUCUUUCCUCCUCCCACUGUGUUGCGCUUCUCCCCUUGAAGCCAAGAUGACAGGGAAGCAGUGGGCAGUCACCUCUGAGGUUGUUGUUUCUGCACUUUGCUGCAGUAAUGGUGGCUCUUCCUUGCAUGCACCCUCUGUUUUCCUGUAUUAAAACAGGACUGGGUAUGGCUUGCUGCUUUGCAGUCUUAGAUAACCGAAAUCUAAGGCUGGAAAGGAAGAUAGCUCUUCUUUCAUCUUCCCAAAUGCAGCCUUGUUUAGGCUGUUUGGCACAAACUUGUGUUCUGGUGGCUCCAAGCUUCCGUUCCAAUAUGUACAGGUGAGGGAAGAGUCAAAUAGAAUGCCGCAGCACAUUGGGAGCAUUCUUUUUCUCUCUUUCACCCCAACCCUCAAAGGAGAGAGACAAGUAAGUAGCCAUGUUGGUCUGACGCAGUAGAAAUAUAUAAAAAAGAUUUUAAAAAAUUGUCCAGUAGCACCUUAGAGCAUAGCUGUCAACCGUCCUUUAUUUGGUGGGAAACUCCCUUAUCCCAGUGCCGUUUCCCACUGCUGUCCCGGAUUGAUGAUGUCCUGUAAAUUUCCUGGGUUUCAAAGGAAGCAGCUCCUCUCCCUCCCUCCCUGCUGGCCAGGGAGGAGGGAGGCUCCAACUGUGUUGCUUGGCUGCAUUGCUCACCCAAUAAGGAGUCUAAGAACGACUGGGGGGUGGAGCUUGCAUGCCUUGUGCCGAUCAAAUCAGCCGCGUUGCCUGUGGACUCGCCUUUGCUCAGUGCUUCCCAGCGGAGGGGUGACAGUGGUUUUCCUUGCUGCAUCCUCUUUGCCAGGUUGUUGCGCUGUGGGAACCACUGCUUGAGGCUUCGUUUGACUGCUGGUUUACUAAAAUCCCUUAUUUUGGCUGCUGAUCCCUUAUUUUCGAGGCUGCUGGUCCCUUAUUUUCAAAUCUGUAAGUUGACAGCUAUGCCUUAGAGACCAACUAAGUUUGUUCUUGGUAUGAGCUUUUGUGUGCAUGCACACUUCUUCAGAUACGUGAAGGAGAGAGAGACAGAUAGCCCAGACAUACUGGGCACAUGUUUCAAAUCUGAACCUGUGUUGAACAGCAUCCCAAGGGAAUCCUUUGGGGCUGUUUCUUUUGAGGAGGAGGAAAGGGGGGGAAAUAGGCAGGUUAGCUCUUUAAGGCUAGGAGGGAGAUUGGAGACUCACCUGGGGCCAAUUCUUUCUUGCCACAGGCAAUCAAGCAAAUGGUUAAUUGUAUACCAGAAUUAACUCCUCAGCUGUGCAUGAUAAUAGUAAUCGGGGAGCAGCAUGGCAUCGCAUCCUUGGCUAUUUUAAAACAAUAGACUAUUUGGAAGUGGAUUGCAUGGAGCUAGAGAAACAUGAACUUUGGAAAGCGCCCCCCCCCGCCCCAGACUUUGAGAAGCACAUAAUCUCCCUCUGCAUUGUUUCUGAAAGAGCACUUCAUUUCUGAAAUGCCAGCAUGGGCUACAGAAAUUGUCCGUUGGGUUCACAAUUGCUAGUGAGUGAUCAUUUUCAAUUAUGCAAAGCUGCAUUUCUCUCUUAAUGAAUAAAUAUUUCAGAAAGAUGAGGGAGGCAGACAGGAGAGUGGAAAAAGACAGAUGAAAAUGUGGUUUCCUGUAGUUGUAAUUGAGUGAUGUGAAUCUAAGAGAAGGUGACUUUCCGCCCUGCUCCUCAGGUACAAGCACAGUGGAUUGAUUUUGUUCUGGCAAUUUAAACUGGCAAUUCCUAUAACAAUUUAAGAUGCAUAACAAUCUUUAUUUAAUUCAUUGGUAUAAAAUGAGUUUCAUUGGUACUUGAAUUACUUACUGAAGCAGAAUGUAUUCUCAUUGCUGGAUACAAUCAAUAGGGGUUUGUUGAUUGGUUUUUGGAACUAAGUGGUGCUUGCAUGGCUAACACUUGCUAUAUUUUAGAAAUAUAAAUUUGUGAGUGUGUUUUAAAACUGAUAAUGUCUGUGCUGGGGGCUCUAUAUAUACUGUGUGAUUCUGGAGACUUACUAUUAACUAAGGGCAUCCUGGUACGCUGAUCUAAAUUCUGUGUGGGCCAAGACGAGAACUGGAUCAAGGCACUCAAAGAUCCUGGCUUCCUUGAGAUGUACAAAAGUCUGAUGGCAUGCCUACUUUCAGUGUUCAACUAAAGACCCAAUCUUCUCAGUGAUGUUGCUGGCAGGUCAACUACAAUGCCUGUCUUCAUACUGAGCAUAUCGGAUUGCACAACUUCUGCUUAUUAAUGCAAUAUGGCUAUUUAUCUUUUAAGAAUGUAUUGAAACAGUCAUUUCCUGUGUUAUUAAAACAGAAGUGAAUAAAGUUGGUACCUUAAAAAAGCGGGUACCAUUGGUGGAUCUGUAAUAGGAUUCCUCCUAGUCUGUGUUUUCCCAUCCAGUCCAUAUUACAGGCAACAACCAGCCAGUGUGGGAUGAACCUGCUGAAAUGAAAUAGCUGCGUGUUGAAUUUUCAACUCAGUGCCAAGUUCUGUGCUUUUUCUACUCUGGCUUCAAGGUGAAGCUUCACAGCUGAUUAGUCAGAAUCUUGGUGGACAUGUGGGAGGUGGAAAUCAAUCCUGGGGGGUGCAGGCAGCCAAUUGUGUGGAGCUGGAUGGGUGGAUAGCAGAGGGCUCCUGCAGUCAUUCCUAAGGACUGGAAUGUUUAUUAGUAGGGAGCUCAAUAUAGCCAUCACUCAGUGGAAUACUGCUUAUGUCCCAGGUUUAACCCCCCAGGUUAAAUAAAGCUAUGUCAGACAAUGGGAGAGACUGCUAGGAAAGAGCUGCUGCAAGUCACUGUAGACAAUGGUGGGUUUGAUGGGCAAAUAACCAAACCUGGUAUAGGGCUAUGUUGCCUGCUAUUCUGUAUCCUGAAUGUUCUUCUCUGUUUCAUCUGCAGGUGACAUUGUUGGACUUUAUGAAACAGCAGGCCAAGGUGAUCAGCUCUGCACAGGACUUGUCACCCGUAUAGCCCCCAAAUCAAUCACGAUUGCAGUUGAUGAGCCUCAAAGUAAUCUUGUGAGCUUGGACCAGGGGAACUCCUAUCGUCUGCUGAAACUUACCAACGAUGUCACAUACAAGAGGCUUAAAAGGUAAAGCUACUAAUAUAGGACAGGUCUUGUUUUAUUGUGUACCUGAAACGGAUAGUAAGCAUGCCUUUCUUUUCAAAAGUUGUAAAAAAUAAUGGAGAGAAGGUAUGUUGUUCUUCCACUCCCUCCCUUUUCCGUAUUAUCACGGAACAACAAAGUAUGUACAAGGGCUCCAAAUGCCAGAUUUGGUGAUGUAGGUACUCACUACUUAUAAGCAAAGUAGUGGGCUUCCUUAUCCAGUUUAGUACUAUGGGUUCAUAGAAUUAUAGAGUUGGAACGGAAGCAAUCCAGAGUGUCAUCUAAUCCAACCCACUACAAUGCAAGGGAGAGAGUAUGUUCAGCUUUUUCUCCCCUCCCCCACCAAAAAAACCCCUCUUCAAUCCAAAGACUGCAGAGAUAAACAACACCCAGCUCUUGAAGUUUACAGCAGAAGUUUAUUCAUGUUUGACAAUGUUGUCUGAGUUUUAAAGGAAUUGUUUUUAAGAUUCACUCCCUUUGUAUUAUUUUCUGUGGCAGGGCCUUAAACACACUUAAUCAAUAUCGCUCCGGGCCUGCAUCUGGUCUUAUCGACGUCCUCUUCGGUUCUUCUGAACCUAGUGAUGCCAGCAAUAUAAGUAAGAAUUUUUCCUUCUCUAUAUAGAAAGUGGAUAUCAUGCUGAAAAAUUCUGGAGACUGGAGAAGUCACUGUAGCACAUACUGUUCCAACUAUGAUGUACAAAUAUAUUUUGUUAGCAACUCCAAGAGUACUGCCUCGCCAAUCUAUUGUGUCAGUUGAGGAACAGUAUCACUGGAACAUCUGAUGCAGUGCUAAGUGCAUCUGGCACCAUUGUUCUCUGGCAUUGGCACUUCCUUACACGUGCAUCACAGUAGCACAAACAUUUGUUGUGCAAGGAGCUUGCAUCAGUACAAAAUAUUGUUGGAGAGUGUCUUCAUAGAUUUAGAAUCCUGAUGUCCUCAGCAGUCAGUGGAGCCAGACACCAAGUGGAGAGGCCACUCUUGUUCCACAUGUCUUUCCUAGUAUGAGGCAGCACCACUGAGGUUACUCGUGAGGUGGGGGGCAGGACGGGUUGUUGUCACCGUUUUAGAUUAAGGUGCAGUGGCAGGAGCUCAGUUCUUGCUGACUAGGCUGGUAAGUAUUACACUUGAAAGUAGAGGAACUUGCUUGUGUGGUUGUUCAGCAGCAACAGAAGAAUAGCGCAGUGUUUCCUAUUAACCAAUAUUCAAUAGGGAAUGUUUUUGUGGCUGUCUAACCAUCAUAUGCGUGGUUUCCCCUUUUUCUUGUUUCCAGUUUAACCCUUACUGAGUACAGCUGGGAGGUUACCCAGCUAUGAUUCCUUAAUGUAAAGUGUUGGUGAAAGCAGGAACAGUGCUAGGAGCACCCGCAGCUAUCACCUUCCUGUAGACUGAAGGCUGUGGGGGUACCAACUGCAUUUGGUUGAUGCACAAUUUCUGUGCAUCCAAACAUUAUUCCCCGGAGUUCUGAAUUAUAGUUUACCCUUGGAGUUUUGAGGAGUCCAUAAUGGACCCACAAACUCAACAGGGGUAUUAGAUGUUUUUCAAAAGGGCGUCUUUAGAAUGUGGUGGGCCCAGAAAUUAAUAGAGGACAGACAGACAAUGACAAUUUAUCAGAAUGGUUGCAAGAUCCCGUCAUGAGAUGCAACCCACCAGCAUUCAUGCUCUUGAGCACCGUACCAGUAUUCACAGUAGUGUCCCCCACUAGCUAGUCUUAAACCUUCCAGUUUCAGUUACUUAUCCCUGUUCUCUGUCACCCAGGAGUCACCUGGGCCAACAGACACAAGUUCUGAUGCCAAGAAAAACACCAUGGCUUACACAAUAUAACAGGUCUUAAGUUUCAGCUGCAUGUUACGGGUACUUUUACUUAUUGUGUGAACUGAACAGUCUAGUUGUUCUCAAGAAUAAUAUGUGGGACGAAAAGGUCACAGUCCUAUAAUAUCCUGUUUCUAGUGAACAAUACAGUACACGACUGCUUAUCUAAUUCAGCUACUGGAGAAAGGUGGCACAUACUUUCUGAUGCAGAUGUUUGCCAGAAGAUUAGUCAGUGUGUCAGGACCAAUCUGCAUGCUUGGAAGAAUCAUAUCAUAGAGCUCAAUUAUCCCAUUUCCAAAGCAGGUGGUAGCACACAUUUGCAUUCUCCUCCCCAUAAAAAGCUAUCUUCACACUGAAGACUAGCUCAGCAGGGGGACAGCUAGGCCUAGGCUAGCACCUGUGAAUCCUGUAUUAAUUAAUUAAAUGUAUAUCCUCUUCCAAAGGAGCCCAGGGUGGCAGACAACAAAACAAUAAAAAGCAUAUUGAACCAUUUCAAUGCAGAUGCAGGCUGGGAAAGAACUCCACAUAAAAAGGCUUUUUGGAAAAGGAAUAAUGAUAGCUGGUAACCACCAGAGGUCAGCAUUCUCCUAUGAGCAGCAUAUGCUUAAGCCACCUUGUAACUGCUCUUACUUUUCUUCUCAUCUUCUCUUGAAAUGUACUUAUUCCAUUUUUUAAAGGAAUCUGUAUGAAGGAUGUCUUUGUGCAGCUGUGUGAACGUUCUGGUGCUGCUAAGGAGGAUGUGAGAAGCUUGUUAGGUCUGCAUUGCUGUGCUGCUUCAAAGUGGCUUUCCCUUUGGUCAGCCCUGGCUGGUCCUGAGUCAUGGCACCUGACCAUUUUUCUGAGCUGCUGCUUAGUGGGUUUCCCAGAAUGCUUAUGUACUUAUAGUGCGCACACACUGUACUUCCUUUUAUUUUGGGAACAUUAUUCACCAUACUGCCUUCUGCCCAGUUGUCCACCGUGUGCUGCAGUGAGGAAUCCCCAUUGCUCCCUGCUGCUGUGACCAGCCAGUCAGUCUCACAUCACUAGAAGUAGCAGCAUACAGGAGCAUGGCCAGCCACUACUACCCACUAAGUGAGGCCAACCUGCACCAUGGGUCCAGCAAUGGCAUUGCUGCAGACCCAGAAGGAGACAUCUUGCUGUACCACCACCUGAGAUGCCAGUGAUCUAACUAGUUCAUUCUAAGGUAGCAGCAGCUGUGGUUAGUCAGAGUACCUGGCAGCUGCUGUAGACAAGCUUAGCGGGUUGUAUAACAGUGAAUGCUAGAUGUAACAACAUAGAAUGGGUUGUGAGCUUUCAGAGGCAGCUGGCUGGUAUGCGGUUCAGAAUGCUGGAUGGGGACUGGGCAAUUCUUACAGGGUCAGGGCAACAUUAUAAUAAAAGAUUCAAAAUCAGAAGAAGGCUGGAAGAAAUGGGACCUUAAGACAGUCUUUGAAUGGUCAGUGUAAAGUGUGCCUUCUGUAAAACUAAAAGGUGCAUCCUGAUGGGUCAUCCAAGUGGAUAUGCUAAAAACUGAAUGAAUUGGGGUACUUCCCUUUCCUGCUGUUUAGAAUGAGAAACCUCUUGGCAACCUAGUUUAGCAAAGGUGACGCUCAUUGCCCCUUCUGAUGUGCCAGCUCCUUGCAGAUACAGAGGAAUUAAAUUGUCAGUUCUGUGUCUUUUGCCAGCCUGAAAUUACAAAUGCCUGUUCCAUGUAGCAUUUGCCAAACUAACAAUGAGAACUCCUACUUGCCAACUGUUCCUCUUUCGUAAAAAAGAAAUCCAAAACACCCUCCUUUAUAUUUUACUUGAUUUCCUCUGGACCUCGGAGACCAAAUGUUCUUCUGCUGAUUACUGUAGCACUCUGACAUCAAACAAGCAGCAGGAUAGAGGCCAAAGCCAUCCUCUUUUAUCUUUUGCAGUUGAAAGGGUAAAGUUUAGAUAUUAAUUAUAUGAACUCCUGUAACAUUUGCUGUACAGAACAUUUUUAGCGUCUCAAGUCUGCUCUGAAAGUGUUCUCAUUGUGCUCAAGACAAAUGUACCUCUACUUUUGAAAUCUUGAUCUCAUUUAUCUUUUCACGGCUGGAUAGGAUAUUAUUUAGUAACCCUGUUUUGCAGAUGAGAAAAUGAGGCUGAUAGAUUGUAUGACUUGCUUACGGCCAUGGAAAAAGGGUUUCUGUCUAAGCACGAAUUUGAACAUGCCUCUUGCACUUACAAGCUCCUUUGCAAUCAUUGCCAUGGUGCAUAUUUCCCUUUCUUGCUUCCCACUUUUGUAGGAUGCUAUUAAUGCUAUUAAUCAUUCUAAGAAGCCCUGUCAUACCUACUUAAGCAGUGCUGGUGUUUGGCCUUCUAGCAAGGAAGGUGUUUUGUUUUUUUUUAACAAAAGCAAAAAACCAAGAACUUCUUAGUGAGAUUAUGAUGGUGGGAUUUUUGUAAAUGUACUGCCUCUUUAAAAUACAUCCUGGCACAACACACUGACUUUCUAUUCCAACACAGAUUUAGAUAAUGAUGCAGAAUGUCUCUGAAAUAGAGUUUGAAGACUGGGAAUAUUUGCAGCUAAACAUAGUCUGUCUUAAAGGCAGCCAGGACUCAGUAUGGGCUCACACUAGGGAUCCUGACUCCUCUGAGUAUUAAUUUGGAUGUUUCCUUUGUUGCAAAGGUUAUUCUUGCUAUCAAAUCUGCUUCCAGGAGCAGCCUCUUAUUUGCAUUGUUGCGCUUGCUUUCUUUUGCAAAUGUUCUUUGCGGGACUGAGAACUGAACAAAUGCUCCUCCUGCUGCUUCUCGCAGAGCUGUUGAAGUACUACAAUGAAUCACUGGAUGCCUCUCAGAAGGAGGCUGUUUGCUUCUCACUGGGACAGAAAGAGCUUGCCAUCAUCCAUGGACCACCUGGAACAGGCAAAACGACUACGGUGGUGGAGAUAAUACUUCAAGCUGUUCAGCAAGGCUUGAAAGUGAGUGAGUGGGUAUGGAUUCUAAGGGAGCUGCUUGAUGGCAGAACAUAGUGAUGGCCGCCUAAUCCUGGACAGUUUUGUAUGAUCUGGCAGCAACUGUCCAGGGGUUUGAUGUCCCCAAAGGGUGGGGAACAUAGCUGAGUCUCACCAUUUCCAUUACUUCAUCCCAGCCAUUCUGCAUUUUACGACAUGUUUCUGUGUCCCUUUGAAUGCUAUGGGAACUGGGUUGAUAGCAGGAAGAGGGAGCAUCACUUUAUUAGCAGAGUAUGUAAGAAUUUUUACAUCUUGUAUUUGUCCCCAUGACAGUGUGGCCCUCUUGUGCCCUAGUUAUAGGUUGGGGAGUGACUUGGGAUAGGUUGCAAGACUCCUCCAAGAUUACAGUAGAUGGUGUUGGCUGGGGUGAAGCUGCUGUUUGAACCCAUUUGUCCAUACUACCGAAGCACCUCUAACCAUUUAUUUGAGGUUCUCCAUCCUCCCUACUGACCGUGUAUUUUUUCCUGAAGCAAAACUGGGAGAGAUCAUAAGAAGGUAGUAAAAUUACAUGUCAGAUCCUGAGGCCUGGGUUUGACUCUGGAAUAAUGAGAAACAUCAUCAUUAUUAUUAUUUUGAAAUGUGGCUCUUCCCCUGGCACUUAUAAAAGGAUCUCCUUUCCCUUUUAUUUUGAAGCUGUUUCUUCACUCUUCUAAUCACAUUUUUUGCAUAUCUUUUUGGCCGUUUUGGUGAAACAAAUAAAUGUUUUUAAAAAUGUGCUCCUCUCCUAGGUCUUGUGCUGUGCUCCAUCUAACAUUGCAGUUGACAACUUGGUAGAAAGACUCGCUGGCUGUAAAGAGCGGAUCCUGCGCCUUGGUCACCCGGCUCGUCUCUUGGAGUCCAUACAGUGCCAUUCACUUGAUGCAGUCUUGGCACGUGGGGAUAAUGCCCAGAUUGUAGCAGAUAUCAGGAAAGAUAUUGAUCAAGCAUUUGUGAGUUUUGCGUUCUAUUUUCCACAAUCUUUUUUUUAAUGGAUAAGUAUUCUUCAGAAUAUGUUUCUGAAAAGUGCAGAAUGUAUACUUCUGAGAAGGUAUAAGUGCAAUACAGUCUGAUGCAGGCAUGGCCAAACUUGGACCUCCAGAUGUUUUGGGACUGCAACUCCCAUCAUCCCUAGCUAGCAGGACCAGUGGUCAGGGAUGAUGGGAAUUGUAGUCCCAAAACAGCUGGAGGGCCAAGUUUGGCCAUGCCUGGUCUGAUGUAUGAAAUAUUCAGAAUCAUGGGAUUGCUUUUUGUUUUUCAAAGAAGCAAGCACCUAGCCCUCAUUGUUGUGGAGGGCAAUUCUGGCAUGUGUGUAGGCAGUGUAAAGUUGGAGGGUCAAAAUCAGGCUUAUUUAUUUAUUUAUUUACUAAUUUUAUUUGUAAAAUCUACAAACAGGAAUAAUAGCAUAAUACACAUAGCCCUGAAACACCAAAGCAGAUUUAACCAAGGCCCAACUUAGGCUGAAUGAGGGCCAAUAAAUGUGCAUUUUCCUAUUAUCUCAUCCAGGUACUGAUUCAGAAGAUAUGAGUCUAUGUCUUAGGUCUAUGUCUAGAAAAAAUGUGAUCUGUGAAGUAGCUAUAUAUAAUCAGAACUAUCUUUUUCAUGACAAGUGUGUAACUGGUAGUAUAUAUGACUGCUGGACUCAGCAGAACAGCGAAAUACUUAAGGAGAGAUUAAAAAGCAUAACCUCUUCCUUACUGGAGCUUAGUAUUGCUAGCACUGGCCCCUUUUAGCUCUGGCCUAUCCUUUUAGGUCAAGGCUGAGUCAUUGGAUGAACAAAAUAAAUGACAUCUGCUUUCAUGGACCCCCCCCCCCCAUUGAAGCUCAUUGGGGCUGAAUGGGGUAGUGAUUUCUGAAUUCUCAAUAUUUCUUUUUCCUGAUCACCACCCAAGUAGAGAAUGCAAUGCACCCAUAGCAUUACCACUUAAAAGUAUUGGAAGAAAAUUCAUUAAAAGUCUUGGUAGCUCAAUUUGUUACAUGGUCCACCCUGCCCGUCGCAGCAUAGUUUUAGAGUUCUCUGUCAUCCUCUUUAUUUAAUUUCCUGCUUUAAACUUAAUUUAAAAUGUGGCACUAAUUUAAUUGGGAUAUCAUUUAUUAUUACAAAUUAUUGCAUUUCUUUCCCAGUGACAUUGUACAAAAUGGCUUCAUAAUUAAAUUAAAUGCACUAUGCUGGGAAUUUGUCCACUAUCACGUAGAGGCAUACCUGUAAUGGGUUUCAGGACUUGGCACACACUUUUGCCUGCCCUGUCCCCUUUUAAGCCCCUUCAGUCUCUGGGAAAUGAUGCAGUAAUGAUCUUUAUUUGUCUUGUUUGCUCCUUAAUACCUUUGCUUCUUUAGCACCCUCAAAAUAAUAAUAAUAAUAAUAAUAAUAAUAAUAAUAGUAAUAAUAAUUUAUACCUCGCCCAUCUGGCUGGGCUUCCCCAGCCACUCUGGGCAGCUUCCAACAAAGCAUUAAAAUACAGUAGUUUGUUAAACAUUAAAAGCUUCCCUAAAAGCAUUUUUACUAGUUAUAAUUAGUAUUAUUCUCAUUUAUUUACACGGUGCUUUAUAACCUUUAUUGUGCAAAUUGUCACAACAUGCACACAUAGGCAGGUGGCUGUUCCUCAUAUUAUGGAUGACAAGCUGCGGCUGAGAGAUGGAACUGGAAGUUUAACCCAGGUCACCCAGAUUUAUGUACACUUUGCUGUAAAUAAGCUUUCUUAGUGAUACCUUCUAGAUCUCUUUCCAUCCAGUCCCUGGUUAGCAGCUGACUUUGCUGGAGAGCCACUCAGAGUAUUGGGAUGGAGGGUCCCAGGCCUGAGAUGCUGUUUGCUCUACCUGUUCCUCUGUCACUAUUAUCCUUUAAAGAUAUAUUUACAGACCUGACAGUGGCAAUCUAGAACAGAGUUUGGCUGGGUGGGGGGAUUUCCUGCGUGGUGCUGGCAUUGCAGAGGGAUGAAGUUGGAGCAGGGGAUGAAAUAAAUGCAGUGCUUGUUUUUAUUUGGAAUUGAUAGAAGUGCGGUGGGUGCCAGAACAACAUGUUUUCCAUGGGUAGCAAAAAAACACCGACUGGAUGCAUAGAUUAAUUGAAUCAUAUGCAGGUGUGAAUGCUAACUAGACAGAGUCCAUCCUGUGAAGUCAAAUCUCGCCCCUCUCUUUUUCUUUUGUAUAUCAAGAAAUAAGGCAAGGAACAUAUGCUCAGUUUUGACUUACCAAACCAAAUGCAGGCUGCUGGUCACACUACGUUCUCCAAUAGUCCAUGGCUGCAAGAGGUUUAGAGGUCUACAUACCUCAAGGUUAUUUACUGAGGUGGGGGGGGGGAGGUUGGUGUUACAAAAAGUAGCCUCUUGGCCAUCAGUAUCUAGGUACAUAAAUGCUGCCUUCACUUUCUCCACUGCUCUGUAGGAGAGCUGCCUGUUUGUGAAUUAUGUUUGCCUCGUCGAAACUAAAAAAACAACAACACCUAACAGGCAAACUGAGAUGAGAAUGUUUUCUGGCGUGUUCAGAGAUGAGAGCUAUCCAUUGUGUUCUCUGGAGCAGUGGUGUUCUGAUGUACAAUCUUCCCUUAAACUACAGCGGCCGACUAUUUAAACUAGAGGAUAACAGACAACUCCGCUGUUAACUGCAGUUUAUUUGUGUAAUACUCCACACUGCACCGAGAGCCAGAGUGGUAUACUAGGAGGAGGAAGACACCAGCAUCCAUGAGGGUCACUGGUGACCUUGAGUCAUUCACUCUCGACUGUGCCUAUUUCACACAGCCGUUGUGAGGAUAUAAUUGUGGUGCCGGGGCUGUACACCUCUCAUGGGAAGGUUAGGGUAUAAUAGUCAUCAACCUCUCUCAAUAAUGAAGUCUCAGUGCCCUCAUACUGAUCAGAACGGAACCAAAAUGGACCCACUGAGAGACAAGAGGGAGGUAUCAGCAUGCUUGUGGGAGGGGGAAUCCCAAGUUUUGGAGAAGUUCAAUUUAAAAAACUACCGCAACCACCAAAAUCCUAAUGAGGGCUCAGUAUGUUCAGUGGACACCAGGCAUUGCAGAAUGUUGUGUCAGUUGGAAGAGAAAACUAAAGCAGUAGAAUGAAUUAGCUUUUUUAGUCCCUAACAUCUUAUGAUAUCCUGGAGGAAGGUACACUGGACAAGAACACCCCUGUUAGGAGAUGAAUAUAUACUGCAACAUCUCGUUGCAGUUUCCACUUGUACUGUAAUAAUAUGCAGGGAGCUAAAUGUUCUCCUUUAGUGAAAGCUACAGAGUUUGCCUCUUUCAGCAUUUUCAGAUUUCUCUUUAUAAUAAGCUUUAAUUGCUGGAGCAAUGAAACAGCUCAGAAGUUGUUCCCUAUUUGGGAGGAAUCCAGGAGAGUGUAAUUGUUUUGAGAGAUUAGUCCCCUCCCAAAGCAAAUUGCAAUGAAAAGUAGCUUGCCUAUCUCUCCAGUGUCUCCACAGCCAGCAAUCAUGGAAAGGGUUCAGCAACUUUAUGGGUUUUGUAUAUUGCAGUUGCUUUACUUUUUACUUUCUUACUUUAUUUCAUUAUUUCUUAUUUUAUUUUGUUGUGUCCCAAGAAAAGAAAAUAUCCAGAAUAGGUAAGAUUAUUAUUAUUUUUUGGAUCAUCUCCUAGCACAGGAGUAUGAAAGACUUUCUAUUAUAUGGGAUAUUUCUUGAUUUCUAAACGUGCCCCCCCCCCCCCGGGUUUGGUGCCUUAAGACUUUUUAGGCAUGUUUGAUAUAGCAUUUUGAAGGAGGCAACAAAUGAGACACGCAGGCAAUAGCAUAGGCUGAAAGACUCAUUUAACACCACCCAGUGACCUCCGUGGCUGGGCAGGAGAGUGAACCUGGGCCUUCUAUAUCCAGCCCCAGCUUUCUAGCCACUUUAUUGCGCUGGCCCAGAAGGGUAGCAGUAUCACAGUAAUAAAGGCUAGCAAUUUUAUUAUUAUGUCACAAGAUUAUUUGUGAGGACUUGAGACAAAGCCAGUGGGGAAGGGGCAACUUGUAUUAAUUCAGAAGAUUUCAUAUUCUUACAUACUUAAGUCUGGAAUAUCUUGUAGUUUUAAAAAUCCUGCACCCAUAGUUGCCCCUUUUGAACAAGAACUGAUAUUAAUGCUGCAAUCCUAAAUUAAAUUAGCUGGGAGCAAGUUUCAUUCAGCUGAAUGAAACUUCUGAGUUGGUAUGUAUAUGAUUUUAAUUGUAAGGCCAUUAUAUAUAUUUGCAGUUUAAUACUACAAAAGAUGAAGUUGUUUCUAGAUAUUUGUUUAUGUUUUAUUUACCCCCUUUGAUCCUUUCCAGGACUAGAAACUUUGUGUUUAAUAAAAGAUGUGAUUCAGGCCAUUUUGACAGCAAUCUCUUGGCCGCAGAGUGCAUGUUGUACAUUCCUGCACUAAGCAUGAAGUUGAUUAUUAGUUCACACCAUGCCCGUGGAGAACUCUGGUGGCUGGCUGGUGGUGAGCACAAGGUUUCUUGGUUUGGAGCCUAAUUUCUCCAUGAGCAGAAGAAGAGCUGCGCUAGUACCACCACCCCCAACUUUCAUGGGGCCAUCCAGUCCCCAGAAAAGGGGGUAUAGGAUGUUCAGCAAAUAAUGCAGGAAGGGAGGGCAAAAUAAAUUAAUUUUCAGAGGAGGACAAGGGUGACUUGCCAUUUAUAAGAGUAGUCAGCAGAGGGUUUUCACCUUCUUUUCUUUCAACCAAAAUGGCUUUACUUCAGUGGCAGAACUUCAUUGGCAACCUGGCGACAUUCCCAUGUCCCACAGAGUGGCCCAAUGGGAGCACUGCCAUAUCAUGGCAGCAUUGUCCCCAGUGGCAUUGCUGGCGGGGGGGAAAGAAGAUUGUUCCCCAACUGGCCACUGCGGGGAGCAGCUACCUGUGCCCCAGCCAUGCCUUGGGGAGUGGUGACAUUACAUCGUGACAUCAUUGGGCCAUUUCUGCAAGACAUUGGAACGCCACCAGGAUGCGGGUGGUAGUUGAGACUAAGUGGUGGUGUUGUUGAAGAAAAGAAAGCAGAGAACCUACUGCUGCCAUCUCUUAUAAAUGGUAAGUCUCUCAUGCGCCUCUGAAAAUGAAUUGAUUGUGCCCAUCUAUGCUGAAAAUUAUAUAUCUCAUCUCCCAGACAAAUGCUGUAGGGGUUACCUCAUGGUUAUCUAUAUCAACAGGAGUUUAGGUAGGUUGCCUAGUUCACCUCAUACAUUUGGUGCCUGCUCAGAGUUAGAAAGGUGUCCCUCUUCGAACUGAGGUUUUCAUCCAGUGCAAGCUAGACGGCAUAAUGGGGUUGCCUUGAGAUGAAGGCAUGCCAAACAAAGCUAAGAUGAGGAGAAAUAUAGAAACUUUGCCUCCAUCUUACUUUGCUGCCAAUUUACACCUGUGACUUUGAAUAUGCAGCUGAGCCAAAUCAUGAGAUUAUUUAUAUUGUGAGAGAUUUAUUGGUGUUGGGAAGUCUUGUAUUGUACAAUAUGCUGCUUAGAUGUGACAAACCACAUUAGGAUGACCACAUGGGUAACAACAAAAUAAUGCUACCUACUGGUCACAUUGUGUGUAAUGUUUUGUUUGAAAAGACAUGCACAAUUAGAAAGUGUUGCAGGUGCUGAAAGUUGCAGUGUAUUUUAAUUAGUAUGUCCUCAGCUUGCAAAAUCUGGAGCAAAGGGGUGUUUGAGACUUCUGUUAGAAUAGUAGUUAUCACUAACCAAUUAAAUAAACCCUAGGGCUUGUCUGCAUAUUUUCAGGGAUUAAUGAAUCCCAGCUGGAUCCUCACAUAGAUGAAAAGCUUUGUUAUGUUGGGGAAGGGGAAUUAUUGAUGCUACUACCAGGAAAAAAAAGCAUCAUUCAUCAACAGUACCUCCAUUAAAUAAUCCAUAUUGAAUUCACCACCCCAAUAUACUAUCAACAAACUAUAUUUCCCUUUCUCAUGUUGAUUUACAUUUUGUCAGUAUAGGCAUAAGGGCUGAAAAGAGAGCAGCUUGAUGUUGAAUUGUAGUAUGCUGCAUUUUAAUGAGGAAGAUUUUGUUUCAUUAACUAUUAUCUUAGCUGCUAAACGUUGUGUACAGUGAUACACUGGGCCAUAAGCUACAUUGUAGUAUGGGGAAAUUGUUUCCCUCCUCUUCUUCUUCCCCUUUAUACAGGUGAAAAGCAGAAAAGCCCAAGACAAAGGAGAAAGGAGCCAUUUUCUAAAUGAGAUUAAAACACUGAGAAAAGAACUGAAAGAGCGAGAGGAAACUGCUAUGACUGAAAUACUGACGAAAGCUAAUGUUAUUCUGGCAACAAACACAGGUUAGAGGAACUUUCCUGGUUUGCUUGGGUGGGUUUUUUUGCCUUGAAGAAUAGCUAAAUCAGAUUAUUGGCAGCUACAGAUUUAGGCUGCUCUACACUCCACUGCAUUCUUGUGCUUUAUCAUGUACUCCAAAGAUUGCCCAGUGCAUCUUUGAAUUGAUUCUCAACCCAAUAUGUGUAAAGGUAUGUUCAGUAUACAGAAUUGCGUCUUGCUAGAUGAUUUGCCUUUUUCUUCUGUGCAGUUCUGCUUUGCAGUUGGAUGGUUUGUAUAACUAAUCAAUGCUGUGCGCACAUGUACUGCACACACAACUCUGCCAUUCAUGUUUUACAGAACAUCUUUUACUUAAUGCCGGCUAAUGAGGUAAGGGAACAUGCAUUAUUUAUAUAACUAAUCAAGCCUUUGGAGCUGAGAAAGCCGUGAAUUGUGUUUUAAAGUAUGUACUUAAUGUGGCUUCUUGGAUCAGGGACCAGACAAAUUGCUCCUGUUGGCGAUCCCCAUGGUAUAUUUACCAGGGAAGCUUCCAAAUAACCCGAGUGAAAAAGAUUGCAUAUUAAAUGUUACAAACAUGUGCAAAGAUUAUUUAUGAGUACAACACAAGUGCCAUAUUAAAAUCAAUUUGUUGUUUAAAAUAAUGUUUCCCUUUUGAUUGGAAGGCUGAAAUAGUACUUUAAAUCUCUCACCACUGAGUGUUCUAGACAAGCAGAAUACUAGAGUGUAUUCAAACCUAGCACACCUGGAAGAAGGCUAGGCUAGUAUCUUCCUCCCUGACGUCUAGUUGUGCCAGGAAGGUGUGUGGGUUUGUUCAUUUCUAAAUGCAGGAGUGUUUAGUCAUUUGAUUAUCCCUUCUGAAAUCCAAGUGGCAUAAUCUAGGAAUAGAUCUGCAUUGCCAUCUACUCUUUGGGUGAGUUAGGUCUCCUAAUAUUGGCCAUCUUAGGGUGUAUUGGACUUUGGCAAUUUUUUUCCAAUUUACUAUUUGAAAGAAGAUACUACAAAUAUGAUCCCUUGGAGGCUGUUGCUUCAAGAGCAAGAGUUGUCAGCUAAACUUGAGACAUUUAUCAGGGCAAGGAUGAAUGGGGUCACACUCAGGGCUUGGCAAGUGUACUGCUCAGGUUUUUUGUGCCCAAGGAGAGGGCACAUUGCCUACACAGCAGAAGCAGUAGCCAAGGGUGUUGGGAUCAUGCCAAGCUUAUCAAAGGGGCAUAUUUGGGCUCAGGGCUCCCUGCAGUCAGAGGUACUAACAUUUACGCAUAUUUGAGCACAACAUCCCUUCUUUCAGAGAUGAAUCAGCCUGUUCCUUUUAAAAGCCACCUAGUGUUUCCAAAACUUCUCCCACUACACCCACUCACACAGACAUACAAGCACCUGGCAAGCAUUCCUUCUGCCUCACCUGCAGGGAUGGAUGAACUUUUCCACAGAAAUAGCCAAUAGUGCUUGUUCAUUAGGAGAAGUGUUUUGGUAAACAGGAAAUUGGACUGUCAGAUGGAUCCUCUGUUGCCUGUCACAGCACACUGCUGAGGACAACAUAAUGUGAAGGCUUGUGAUACUUUGAAAAGAUGCAGGUAUCCAGCAUGUCAAGGCCAACACGUCUUUCCUCCACUUUUUGCUAUGGUGCAUAACUUUAACAUUUUCUCUUGUUAACUAGGAGCCUCUUCUGAUGGUCCUCUGAAGCUACUUCCUGAGAACCACUUUGAUCUGGUGGUAAUUGAUGAAUGUGCCCAGGCAUUUGAAGCAAGCUGCUGGAUACCUCUGCUGAAGGCCAGGAAGUGUGUCCUGGCUGGAGAUCACAAGCAGCUGCCUCCCACAAUCAUCUCUCACAAGUAAGGAACAUUUCCCAAAAUUGGGCCAUUAAUUAUUUGGAGCAUUGGGGAAAACGUUCACCUGGGGUUGAGGGGAAGUGUUUCAGUUUGGACAUCAUUACCUGUGUUUAUCUGUGCAGCAGGUAGGGCUGUUAAUAGCUGGGCCAACCUACCCGGUCGUUAUUUAAGGACAUUGGUACCAAUAGAUCAACAGAAAAACAUUUUUAAGCAGGAGUGGUUAGAACCAUGGACUCUGAUCACAAAGGUAGAUUUUUUUCCUAUCAGUCAUAAUAGACAUACUUUGCUGUUACACCUGAAAGGAUAAUAAUAAUUUGUCCUCAUUGACAGCUGCGCCUUCUGAUUAGAAGGAGGCAAGUAUUUGGUAGCCUUCUCUGUGGGUGUGUAAUUCUGCAGCGUGAUAAUACCCAAUACAGAGAUUUAGCAGAAUUCCCGCAUCUCAGAGAAGGUUGCCUGCUGAGGAUGAGUGUGUUGGGCUCACAGGAACCGUUAACUGUUGAAUUAAUUAAUUUCUCCCUCCUCAAAAUUUGAAAAUUACAGGUGUAGAGGAAUGACCAAGAGCACUGGAAGCUUAGGCAGGGAGGGCCUAGGGAAGUAGCUUGCAUAAAACCUGUUUUGAGAAAGAGUGAACUGGCCAGGAUUCCGAAUAAGCUGGCCCCAUCACCCAAAUGGUGAGCUGCUAGUUUCCAUGCACUGUAGCAGGAAGAUACAGUAUUGACAGAUCACUACAUUUUUUGAGAUCCUCUUCAUAUAUUAUUCAUAUAUAUCAAAAUUUUGGGUUUUGAGUUUUCAUAUAGGGCUCUGUGUGUGCGUGCCUGGUUUGCUUGAGUUUUUCUGUUAGGAAUUACUGCUGUGCUAGAAAAAAAUUACAUCUUAUUUAUGGACCUGCUCCCUGAGAGGCAUUAAGCCACUAACAGGAAUGUAUUUCUUCUCUGCUUUUUACUUUCUACUCCCAGUAGGAAAUUAGCAUGCAAGAAGCCUAUAAAUUGUGCAUUGUUGUGUGUGCUGCUCUUACUAUGUAAAUCUUUAGUCAGUUUUUUUAUGCACAUGAAUUUUAUGGAUCUCAUAUCUGUAAUAUAAUUCAACCUUUUAGGUACAGGCAUUAAUUAUGAUAUCCUGGUAUGUAUAGAAAACCUUUGCAGUGAUGGUAGUUUAAAAGCAUUUUUUUGUAUCUGUUGUAUCUGUGAGCAGCUGUCCCAAAUGAAACCAGGGUUCUCUUGUGCACUUAGAAGGGCCUGGACUAGACAAAAAAAUACUAUGCCUUCUGACAAGUUGAAAGAUGCUGUGUUAUAGACUAGAUGAUCUUUUUCUAUAGAAACUAAUACUGGAGACAUAUGUCUGAAGAUCGUUCCUUGCAGAGCAUCAUUUUGACUAGCCCCUUAACCUUUCCCUACCCCAUCACUUAUGUAGUGAUUUCACUGCAAAAUCAGCAUAACACCUGUGUAGAACCUGAGCAGUCCAUUGAAUUAUAGGAAAGAUGUUCAGUGGUAGAAUGGAGAGAUCAGAACUUUGACACCCAGGAAUUGUUGGGGCCUUUUGACUGAAUGUACACACACAUUAUGUCAAAUAAAUAAUGGUGUAGACUGAAACAAAACAAAAACAUAUCAGGAUGAGGGAGAAACCAGUGCUCAUAGUGGGGAAAAUGUAUGCAAUCCUUUUGAAGAAAUGAGCUCCAUCUCCGAUGGGAACCUUGUCAUCUUUGUUGAACCUUGAAACCUUGAAUCCUAAUAGGCCUUUCUUCCCCUGAAAUCUUCCUCCAGCCACUUCUCCAGAUUGCUUGGAUUCGAUCCAGUUGGUUCCCUCCUGGGGCUGUUUUAUCAUGCUGACUUUUUGACCAGUCCCCUACCAAUUUGCGUUACUUGGGUGUAGCAAAGUAAUUCUGCAGUGGCAAAAAGAAGGGAGAUCAAGGUAGCAGAAAGGAAGUGUGUUCUGCAGUACCUGGGAGAGUAAAACAGAAGUUGGUGACAGUGGCCUGGUAUGUACAUUUGAGCACCUAAAUGACCAGGCAUGCAUGUUGAGGACCCAAGCCAUGCCCUGUAGCUGAAUGCUCAUAGGAAUUUUAGAGCACUGGCUAGGAGCCACACACUGUGUGCUCCAGAUGCACACACUGCCUUCUCUGCUAAGAACUUGGAGGGGGAAUGAAGAUCCUUGGACAUCUGGUAUGAUAUGGAAUGUCAGAUUUUGGUUCCUUGAACCAGGAGUCAAAUCCCUGGCCUCAGAGUCAGGCCUCUGUUCUUCUCUGUGGCCUGCAGGGUGCUUUUCCUUGAACUGGGCCAACUAUUUAUUUGGAAGAGGCAGAGGCAGUUUUGCUGUCUUCUGUCUGUAGAGGGCACCUCCGCCUCUGAGUCCUGGUUGACAGUGUUUCCAGGAAAUGGGACAUGGUAUCAGUGGUUUUUGCUGUGUGCAUGCUGUCAACGUGUGACAGUUGCACAAUGGUCUCUGACCAGAAGGAAGGCCUGUCUCAGUUCUGAGGAGAACAGCUCUCCAGAAUGGGGGGCUCUGCAGUGAGGAGCUUUUUUCUUCCAUCUUUUCAUUCUUUUCCUUUUUAUUCUUCCUGUGGAGGUAUUGUCACAGAUCCUGUUUAUUUAAAAUAUUUGGACAGAAAUGAAAAAGCCAGGAGUCCCUGUGGUAGCAAUUAUGAAACCGCAGUACAUGUCAUUUGUGCAAAUUGUUGUGGAUUGCAAACUCAAGAGUUAAUUCCAGAGUGUGCAGCUGCCACAACUGAUGUCUAAAAAGUCUAGUUUGCAAUUGGCACCCCAGGAAUCUGUGUGUACUCAUAUGUGCACUGCAUGUGCAAGGUAUAGUCACUCAGACAUUCCCAUUGGGUUUGCUUAGAAUUUAUUUCUCUCAAGCCUAGUGUUGAUAUGGAGUUUCUAUAUGAGAAAUGGACAGGGACCUUACAACAUGUGUAUGCUUGCUAAAAACGAACUUGCUGAUUAACAUCCUAGACAAAAGUACUUCUUCAUGUAAAGCAUAAUUACCUUAAUGGAAUUCACUGUGACAAAUGUGGCGUGGCCAGUCUCACAAAUGGUUUUAAAGGAGAAUGGGUCAAAUUAAUUGAGGAACAGGGUCUUCCAAUAGCUGUUAGUUUAGUGAACCUCCCAAGUUGCUUUGGGUGUGGGGAGAGGGCAAAAACAGGGAAGAGGUAUCACUUAUCUAUCCUGGUUGUGAGUUUUCUGGAAGAAUACAGCUGGCAACUAUGGGGAACAGAACACAGGAGUAGAUGGACCAUUUUUUAAAAUUGUGUCUCUGGAGAAGAGGGUAGCCAGCAUAGUGUUCUGAACUAUAAUUCCUAUCAUCCCUGACCAAGUUGACUGGGGUUGAUGGGGGUUGUAGUCUGAAAUAUCUGGAGGGCACCAUGUUGGCUACCCCUACCCUGGAGCAACAGUCACAUGCUUUGAAAAGGAAAUGUUUUUAAAUGCAAUGUGGAAACUGCCACAAAAAGCAGUGUGGAGUGCUGCUGUCAGGAUUCUACUCCAUUGCAUCUCAGUUUUUCUAUAUCCCCCCCCCCCCCAAAAAAUAAAAAAAAUCAGCAUUUAGUGUCUGUUGAGCAUUCUUGGUCAUCACUGGGCUGUUUUUCCCAUUAUGAUUUGUUAUACUUCUAUGAAUCUUGGGAUUUCCCCAACCAUGCUAAUACCUCCCUCCUCCUAGGCUGGAAUAGAUGAGCCUAAUGGUCUGUCUCUGUAUAUGGCAGCUUCCAAUGUUGGCAAUUCCGAAUAAAUGCUUUCCAGACGCUUAGCUGGUGAAAACUAACAAAAAGUGUCAGGUGCAGUGGAUUAAUGAAACAAUCUGAGUUCAAAUAUUUUAGCCUAGCUAUAACUAAUAUGUAAGACAGUGUCUCAGUUUAAGAAUGAGAUUAACAGGUAAGAAAGAUUCUAGCCCUCAUGUUUUGGGAAGAAGGGCUUGACAAUUGUGUGCCAUGUUGUUGAAAUCUCAGAAAGUAAAGGGUGUAUGAUACAGUGGGGAGUGGUGCUUCUUUGGUUUCUACUAAACACCAGGAAGAAUACCAUUACCAAGAGUAUCAAAAGCCGCUGAGAGGUUGAGGAGAAUUAACAGGGACACAUUUCCCUUGUCUCUCUCCCAACAGAGGUAAUCAUACUAAAAUAGUUUCUGUGCCAAAACCAGGCCUAAACCCCAAUUGAAAUGUCUGUACUCCUGAUUGUUAUUACAAUAAAGUAUACAGGUUAUUCAGAUGUAAGCAAGUUUUGCAUAUCUUAUUAUGAGCACAUAAUAAGAUUUCCACUCUGUAUGCUAUGUAUUUUUUAGGUAAAUAAUUUUAGCUUUGAGCUUUAGUGUUCCUGUCCUUAUCCUGAGGCCCUGGAUCUGUUUUCAGAUGCAUGUCAUGAGGUUUUUACAAGCUGUUCUGCUGUUGAGUUCUUGCAGAAAUAUCUCUGUUCUGAAAUAUUGACAAGAGCAUAGAAAAAGAAAAUAGCAGUGAAGUUGAUGGACAUCUUUAUACAUUUCCCCUUCAAUCUAUUUUUUUUUAAUUUAUGCUGUUCAAAGCGUGGUUAGAAGUGAAAACAGAUUUCUUGAUACUUGAGUUUUGUAAAAUUUCCUUGUAAACAACAUGGCAGUAAAAUAAUUUGUCUGGUUCAGAUUCUGCUUUCUUACAAACUAAUAUCUGAGUUGGGACCAAAGCGUGCUGUUACAUUUCACAGCAAUAUUUAGAGAUAGUGGGCUUCCUGUUCUUCCUUUUGGUUUAAUAGAUUUAAACGGAAACAGAGCUUGAGAGGACAUGGCUCUAAUCAAUAGUGUUUACAGAUUUACAUCUCCAAAGCAGAGUUAACAAUAAAUGAUGCCCAAGGAGCUCAAUGUAUUAAACACAAUGAAUGUUCAAGGCAUCAGCGGUACCCUAGAUCUGUAACCCAAUUGCUCUCCUGACAGGAUGCAUUGCAGAUUGUUAUGCCUGGAAUAAAAGUCUGCACUGAGCAUCUUGAUUCUUGCUCUUCUGUCCAUAAGUAGCAUGUCAAAUUAAAGCCCUGCCAUUCUUAAAUUGUAAGCAGAUUCUCUCAUUUACACAGGGUUCAGUGAAGAGGUGGUGGAUCAUUGACAUGUUGUCAGGGACUGGCUAGACGAGGAGGAGUGUUGGCUGCCAGUUGCCCGAGAAGCACCAGGGAGUGACACUGGGGAGGAGGGAGAUUUUGAGUCUGACUCAACUGGUGGGACACGGAAGAGCAAUCCACAGAGGGAACCAUCAGGGAAGUUCUGGAGCCAGAGAGUGGGGGCAAAGGGGAGAGGCACAGUGUGGACACAGACCCUGAUAGGGAUCUGCGUUGCAGGACAGUCCUAUUCCAGCCCCUUCUCCCCCCACCCCUUUCUCAGUGCAAGAAAGGAGAGCUGAAAAACAGAAAGAGCAGAUAAGAAAAGUUGAAUCAUGCCAGAAGAAUGUACAGAGAGAAAUGCUUAAUUAAGGGAAGGUGGGGAGAGGUUUCUAGCUUCUGCAACUUUCAUAGCCUGAGAGCGUCUGGUAUCUCUGAUUGUGAAGCAAUAAAGUUAUUUGCCUUCAAGUCGCAUGCCUGUUCCCGAUUUACAGAUUUUACGGCAAGGCUGUUCUGGCAGCCUGACACAUGUUUUCCUUGGAGGAGCAUGGGGAACCUCAGGUCCCAGAAGGAGAAUGCAGCCCUCUAAGUCACUCUCUCCAGUCUUUGUCUUCUUGUGUGGCGAUAUGGACAGAGAAUUCCCAUAGACUGCAGCAUCUGCCCCUCCCUUGCCCUUGAGCCUGCUUUGAUGCUGCACCAAGUACCUAAAGUGGGCACAGCCAACUGGGACAAAGUUCACCCUGCUCGUCUGUCCGGGUCUUAGUAAUACAAACCAGGUGGGCCUCCUCAACCUCCAUCCAAUUAUAGGUGAGGGAGAUCUUAAUUAAAGCCAACCUGCUCUUCAAAUAGCAGCAUCCGCAGGCCUGAGUUCUGGCUGAUAGCGUGACUCCAAUUCCUCUUGGUAGAGAGGGGGCCGGCAUGCAGCACAGCCGCCCAUUGCCUAUGUCAUAUACCCCCUCACUGGAAUGGCCCCACCUCUCUCUCACCACAUCUGCAAUUGGGGACCCCCCCUCCCAGUCUUCCCAGCUGAUCUUGUGCCAGGCACACAUCAGCUGCCACCUCUGAGAGCAAAGGUCAAACCUUCAGCUGUAGCAUAUCCAGAAAAGAUACAGUCCCAGCCACCCUGGUAGUUAAGCCCAGGCAGAGCUCCCAGCUGGUAAGCGUGGGUGUGGCAGGCUUCUCUGCUGGCCCGAGGUGAGAAAAGCCCCACAUUCAUAGGAGUAGGGAGGGUGUACAGACAGCCGCAGAGUUCCUCAGGGCCCAAGAUAUGUUCAUGCAAGCCAUUUUGGACAGCAAGUACCCUUUUCACAUUUAGAAACAAAGCAUUUGAACCUGUGAGCUUGUAAAGUUGUCAGUUCAUUUUGUUACCAGAAUGAAUAAAAUUAUAAUUGUAUAAUGGGGUGGAAAACGAUUUUCAAAAAAAGAAUGUUUUGUCUCGAAAAUUUAAUGGCUGCUGUUUUAAAUUAUUGGAAUUAUUUGUUCUCCUUGCUAUUAACAGAAAAGUACUCCUAAAAGCUGCUUUAAUCAAGUUUUGUUUGCAAAGGACAACAAUGUCUAUUGACUGGUGUUUCUAUUGGAUUAGCUGACACACAGCUUGGAUAGAUGACUCUUCUAAUGAAAUGCAAAAGCCAAUAAAUUGGGAGCACCUUUUUUUAACUUAAAGAAGAAACACUGUUCUAAAAUGUCAGGGAUUUUAAAAAAUCAAAAUAAACUAGUGGAAAAAGUAAGUAGCUUCUUUAAACAUGUGGCCCAUCAGCAUGCCCUUGAAAUGCUUUAUCUGAAGUUUGGGGCUUGCUAGAAGGUGUGUGGAGUUUAGAGAACUGGGGAUGGGAUCAAAGGUGGGGAACUGGGGACCGAUUCCAUAAUUUUGGAAAAACACAAUCUCCAGUAUAAGGUUAGUUAAAAAGUGAACAGAAAUUUUAAUGUUAGCAAAGCAUGAUCUAUCUAGAUAUAAAACACACUUCGAGUAUAAAAAUAAUAUUCAGUGUGUUCUCACAGAUAAAACAUUUGUGAAGUAUAAGAAGUAUCUGAAGGGGUUGCAUGAGUUUGCGUAGAUGAGAGGAUUUGUUUUGCUUGGAUUAUGUAGUGAGCUUCAUCAUUGAGUGGGAAUUUUAACCUCAAUUUCUCACACUCAAAACUAGCGCUCAAGAGCCUGAGCAGAUUCAAGGUGGAUCCCUGUCAACUUCUGAUGUCAGCAAUCAGCUACCACCCACACCAUCCUGGACAAAUAAAUAUUAGGCGUGUCCCUUUGUUCACUCCAUUUGCCAACUCCCAUAUCCCUGCCUCAAUCUCCCUUCCAUCGAGUUUUCCUUUCCAGGACAACUCUCCUGCCUCAGUUUCCUCACAGACCACAACCUCUCCCAUCUCCCUACAUACGUAAGUUGUAGAAAAGCACCACUUCAUACAUUCUUCAUCUGGAUAUUUUUGGUUCUCUGAACAAAAGAAUAACUUUCAAUCUAUGUAAAGACAAGUUAUAAUUAAAGUAAAUGUUCUUAAAUAGCUAAAAAUUAGUCUCUGUCAGGGAAGCUCACUGUUUCCUAUACCGUUCAACAUGUUUGAGAUUGCAAAGAACAAACGAGAUAAAUUUGGAUAUUUAAAAUAUAUAGACAGAAAGUAACUUGGCUUGCUUUGCAUCUUGCAUACCUGUGGUGCCAUAUAUAGAAGAGAAGCAUGAGAACAUAGAAUUUUUAUGUUGUUGUUUUUAAGGUUUAUCAAAAGCAAAGAAGGAGAGAAUGAAGUAGUCAUGAAAAAAUUACCCAAUAUCAAACAAUAUACGCAGUAUCAAACUGGUACGUAAGCAAAAAUCUGAUGAGACAGCAAGAAUAAUAAAAUUAAUCGUAAAACCCUGAUGCAAUAAAAAGUUUUCAAAAUCUGUCUGAAAAUGAGAAUUAAAAUAUUAAAUUUGUUUUUCAGUUUUAUGAUCUUAAAAACAAAUUAGAAUAAAAUGAAGCUUUAAUAAAAAAAAGAAAUAAAUAAUAAAAAGUGUCCUCGAAAGAUGAGAAUGGAUUAUGUCUGUGUGUGUGUGUAUAUGUGAGAGAGCGAGAGAGAUGAACUGAGCAAGACAACAGAGUUAAAUGACUGGAACAGAAAUUAGAAAUGGAAUAGACAUAGUGAAACAGACAUGUUUAUAUGCUGACUGGAUGAAUUUUAACACUGGCAUUUUAAAAAAACUUGCAUGUAGAAAUUGACAAGAUCUUCCAAUCUUCUGGAGCAAAUUUUGGCAUGCGUGCAGGGGAUUGCAAGGAACAGGAGAGGAAGGGGAAUUCCUGUUUUGUGUGUGUGGAACUGUGUUUCUCUAGCAGAUUGUCACUGUAGGUUGUCACUUUUAAAUCUUCAUGCUAUUUAUGUGGAUAAUAACAUAAUAAAAUGGGAGUGUAUAUAGGUUUGAUAUAAAGAAAACCCAACACUGGGCAGAACUGGAGAGAAACAAAUGCCAUAUUCAGAUGUUAUCCCUGUCACCCAGUCCCACCGCUCAUGGUAUAGCUUAGAAUCCUGCAUGUUCUAAAUGUGUUCUAAAUCAUGCUGGGAGCUUGCAAAAAUACAGAACGCUUCCUGCUACAGACCUUUAGCCUCACAUGCAUGGAGGGUGGUGCAGCUGGGAGAUGGCAGGGGGGAAUGAUAACAGCAGCAGCAAAUGUGUCUCCCCGUCCCCUCAUCAUCCGAGCCCCAAAUGCCUUGCAAAACAUGGAGAAGAGGUGAUUUAUGAUGAUUAGGCACAUUCCAAGGAAAUCUGUGUACAUUCUCCACUCCCCAGUGUUUGCUACCAUCUCAGUUGGGGCAGGUGGUCAUUAGAGAGAAUCACACUGCAGCUUGAUCCUGAUUUGUUUUAACUUGGACAAGAACAAAUUCCAAAGUGGAAAUUGUGGUUUGUUUGAAAGUGGAAGCUGUUACUUUCUACCUUUCAAGCAAAGGAGGGGGAGUUUGGGAGCCCUAGGAUUGCCCUUUCCCCCCAGUCACCUGAACUCUGAUUUAGGACAGUGAUUAUCUGCACGGGGCCAUUGACUUGGGCUUUGUGUCACCCUUGCACAAACUUGGCUUCAAGCAUGUGUAACCAGUUGAGUAGCCAUUGGACAUAAGAAAGCAAACAUAGCUCUUCUUUCCUUAAUUUGCCAGUAAGCAAAGCUGAACCAUCAUUGGGAGCAGUUAUUGCCUGCUGAUGAACUACAGUAAGGUGCAGAACAUGAUAGGUGGCAGAGCUAACCAGCUUUUCCAAGUACUAAACUAGUGGUAUGCUAGUGACAAAAGGUUGUGCAAAAGGGUGCAAUUCAAUUUGGAAUGUCCAAAACAUUGGGCUCUCUUGUAGGAGAUUGAUAAUGAAGUCUGGAUUGCAUAUUGUUAUUACAACAUGAUUUAGUCCUAGCUAUGCUAUAAUCUUCUCAUUUUCAUUCAUCUUUCCCCCUCAGACUUUAUACUCCUAGAUCAUCUGCAUUAAUUCAGUAUCAUGUUGAUUAUACUCUGCUAUUUAAAUAUUGCUGAUAAUGAUCAUGCACCAUCUUCAUACUGGAGAACCAUGUCACAUUUUCACUGUAUUAAUUUAUUUUCCUUUGUCAUUGUGGGUCCUGUGUGCUUUAGCAGUUUCAGCUUAAGGCAGCUAUACCUCAUGACUAUUCAUUUAGUUUGCAAACUAUUUUAUCCUGAAGAAGGGCUUUUCUACCCGAAAUACAGUGAGAAUAUCACAUACUCAGUUCAGGAAAUCUGUCCACCUUCUAGAAUGCUCUAUAUUAAUAGUGUUAACUUCUGACCAAAUACAAUCUGCCUUGGUUGGGAAUAUGUGGUUUGUGGGCUUCUUACCAGGUAACUUAUACGAUAACUCAUCAUAACAUGCGGGAUCAAGAAAUAAUUUCUCUUCAGGUCAGAAACUAGUGAUCUUUUCUCCCCUCCUCACCAAAAAGGUACGCAACUCUUCCUUUGUGGCAUGCAAUUUCCUGCCCGCUCUUGAUUUUUAUUGAUCCCUGUCUCUCUUCCUUUAGCAUAAGGCCACCAGAUUCCUUCUCCAAUUUGAAAAAGACAAGUCAGACUUGUAUUUAAUGAUUUUAUGAAAGCUCUAGGGUCUCUUAUGCAUUUCUUUUCCUGCUGUACUCAGCAUAGACAGACACCCCCCUCCCUUUCCACAAUCGCUCAUUGCCUAGGCAAGGAUUCCAGCACAGAAUAUAUAAGGGAGGUCAUGGCCAACUGCCCUCCUGGGCCUCAGCAUGGCUGGCUGGCAGAUUGUAUCUGCCUCUGCAACCUCAUUGUUACCAUCAGUGGGAUGGCACAAGAGCUAAUACUUUUUUAUAUAAACCCCUUACAUUGGUGCUUCAACUGUACUGACCCAAUUUCUAUGAGCGUGCAAAGCUGAGUAUAUGUGGCCUUGUUGAGCAAGUAUCAGAUGUUCAAAUGCGGCACGAAAUAAGACACCCUUGAAAUCUCCAAGCUAACCAGGCAGUUAGUCCAAAUGCAUCUUACAAACAGGGGCUUCACUGGAUGAAGAUGAAUGCAUGUAAGAUGUGCACCAUGAUGUCCACUUCCAUGCUGCCAGCUUUUCAUACGCUCUUCUCUCCCCUAUUUGUAUGCUGGGAAGUUACUCACUGCUGUACUUUUAUAUGGGGGAGUCAUUUGACUUGCAGAGCUGGAAGGCAUCCUGAGAUUCAUCUAGUCCAACCCCCUGCAAUGGCCAGCUGCUGGAACACGCAGCUGUCCCAUACAAGGAUCGAACCUGCAACCUUGGCAUCAUCAGCACCACACUCUAACCCACUGAACUAUCCAGGCUGGUGAUCAAGACUCUGACAUUCUAAUCUUAAUUUCUCUUAUUUCAUGGAAGCGACCAAGAAACUCUGGAUAGUGGGCAGAAAAGUUUUGGUUGAGGAAACGUUCUGGUUUUGUUGUGUUUAAUGGCUCUGAGUUUUAUGGUCACUUAAUGCCGUGGUUUACAGCAUGCUGUCAUCUGCUUUAGGCCUGCUUCAUAUAUUGUAAUUUUUCUGCGCAGAGGAAACAUACAUCUCCCAUAGUGUCUGAAGCAGGUUUAAAGUUUAUUUCUUUGCACUUCAGAUAUAAUGGCAAAUGUGUAUUUUUUACAUGAAACUUGCAAAUGCCGUGUGGGAAGUGGUCUUUGGAUGACUGGGAGCAGAGUGGGAGGAAGAUUUAAUGCAAUGCCCUGUAUAUAGCUAAUCUUGCAUAUUGACUAUUUAGUUGCCUUAAUGUGUUAUUCAUAAAGUUUAUUUUAAACUUAAAAAUUAAUUUAUAAAAUGUUUUAAAAGUGGUGUGGGUUGUUUGUCAUUCCCCCCUGUGCCUUUGCACUCACUAUUUCUGCCUUCUUCAUGCUUCCUGUAGAUCCAAGAGUCUUCAGUAUCUCUUGGGUAGUGGUUUUGGGAUGUAUAGAGGGUUUUUAUAACCUCCUACAUGUUGGAUAAUGCUGGUAGUUUUAUUAAUUCAACCUAUUAAACAGUACAAAGUUGAUCGUAAUGUUUUAAAACACAGCUAUACAUUUGCUUCUCUUUUAUUGAUUGACAUUGCCGGCAUCAUUAAAGAUGUAUAGUUUGUAAUUGAUCAGUCCAGUCACCGGGUUGCAUGAGCUGUGCUCUUCUUGCACAUGGGUGUUUGCGAAAAGUGAAUUCUCUCUUUUCUUCCCCACUGCCACCCCCAGGGGAUCCACAGAGAUCUCCUGAGAUGUGGGCUGGGGGAAAAGAGAAGCUUUCAUAAGCUGCCUCUGCUCAGCUUCCCACUCCCACUGCAACCCCUCACUUUACAUCCCAGGCCUUUCUUGAUGCUCUCUCAACUUCCAAGGGGGCUGGCGCUAGAACAGCAGAGGCACUGGUGUUUUUGUGGUUUUCUGUUUCCUCUGCUGGGACACUGGCAAUAUUUUAGGCCUCCUUUCACAAAACAAGUUACUCAUUGCUGUUUAUAGCCUGUUCUUUUCAUAGGAGCUCAUUUUGAGUGUCUCUAAUCAAAAUUUGGAAGCUCCCAAAGCUAGAGGAAACUGCUUUGGAGGGGUUUCUCUGGGGCUCAGAAGUUGGCCUGGAAGUUCAGCAUUACAAACAUGGCUUGAGCAUACCAGCAAAAAAUGUGCUAUGACCUCAGAGUCUGACUCCCCGUCUUCAAGGGAUGGCGCCAUGGACUUGGAGGAAGAACCAGAGGGUCAGAAGGAAUUGUGUGCUCUCUACUGCUCCAGUAAAUCUAGCAAAGGAAAAGGCCAUUCUGCCAACACCUCUCUGGCCUGAGGAAGUAGCACUGACACCCUCCAGCUAUGAAGACUCCAGUCCAGAAGCUCCAACAAAACCACUGUGUUGUAUCCAUUGCUAGUCCUCCUCAAAGUACACCCACUGAAAAUAAUGGGCAUGACUCACUUAGGUCUAUUAAUUUCAGUGGGCUUACUCAGAGUAUAACUUAGUUGGCUACAACCCAUUUUCCUGCCCCAUGUCAUUGGAGUCUUAUUGCUGCUGGAACAGACAAAGCUACUAUAACCUACUUCACCCAUUGGGUGAGUAGGUGUGGUGAGGGACACACAAGCACCCAGAUGGAGCUGUGGCUUUAUUUAAUGCUUAGCCCGGGUUUAUCUAUUGCCUAAACAACAUUCUAACCUAGCUUCACUUUGAACGCUGCAUGGAGCUGUCCAUCCUAGACUUAACUUGGCCAUGUCUAGAGCCACCAUGCAGAACACAAUGGAAGUAUUGUGGUGUGCAAUUCAUGCCGUCAAAAUAGUGCUUUGAUUGCUAGUUGCAAUACUGCUUGCAACCCAAGAGACACGUUUGUUUCCAAAGCAUAUAUUCAUUGCUUCAGUGGUGCUGAAAAUUGAGAAUUGAUCUCAUCAGUUGGCCUUGCUACAUCCGUUUGUGAUAAUGUUGUAUUGAAGGUUGUUUGUCUGUUUUCCACCACCCACACACUUUUGCACCAUUUCAGGAUAAUCAUUCAGGACCACUCUUGGAGAAAACACAAGAAACCUUGUUAUUUUCCCAGGAGAUUCUCUCCUGCCCCUGUCUCUCAGUCUGUGAUUAUCUUUCAUAAUUAGAUAAAACCUUGAUAUGUUGUUGUUACCAGCUCAUUGAGGAAAUUGCUUUUUAAAAAAUCUACAUUAGAAAUAAUUGUUGAGAACAAUCUUGGCUUUGAAUUUCAAGGGCGUUGUGGACCACUUUAAAAUGCCUCAUUUGCUAGACACACUUCCUUAGACAGACAUUCCUUAGGCAGACAAACUUCCUUAGACAGACAAUGUGGGUGCAUUGGUCCAUAGCCAUUGUUUAUUCUGCUCUUGCAGACAUCGGACAUUUGAGGAGAUCAAAGAAUUGUUUCUAGCUUAAUCUUUGCAAAAUCAGCAAUUAUUGACAAUAACUAGUGGUGAAAUAAUGCCACAUUUUAUCAAAAGGUGAAAUAUCUCUCUAUUUAUUCACCAUAUAGCCUGUUAUUGGCCUCUGUAGUGGGUUGCACAAUAUACUGGAAAUGGCCGUGUUAGUGUACACAGGAGUUUUAUUGGAGGCCCAUGGUGAGCUUUAUUGCCUCUCCGACAUUUUAUGAGAGUCCAUUAAAAAAAGAUACUUUAGACUGAGCAUUUACUGCCUGACUUAAAACAAAGGGUUUUUAACUGUGCAAGAUGACUAUAGGCUUGCUUCUUAUUUCUUGGACCUGAUUAGGAAGGCAUUUUCUAAUAUAGGUGUGGAGAAACCCCAGGGGCUGCAGUUGCCAGGGUGCUGCAUGUACCAGAUCCAUGCAGACACCAAUGGUUUUUCCCAUCCAUUUUUGUCACACAGGAUCAACACCAUUUUCAUACCAUUUCAGUUGCUGAAUGGCAUGCUGUUCUUUUUUAAAAUUCUAGAGCGUUUAAAAGCAGUUUGGGGACUUAGGCAGGAGAAAGUGGAAGAGGAGCUGCUGUGUUUAAAAAUGAAUUGAAAACUCUGGUGUUCGCAGGCUUUUCCAGUAGACCUACUGGAUUGGGGCUCUUGAAAUCUGGCUAAUCCAUUGACUCUUGUUGUCGAAUAGAUCAUACAGCAAUAAAUAGGUGUCUUGUCUUAUUUGACCAACUUAAUCUAUUUAUUUACAUUUGUGUCCUGUCUUUUCUCCAUGGAACAGUUUCCAUUUAAAUACUGGCCAAGUCCAGAUCUGCUGAGCUUCAGGAUGUAAAUUGCCCAGGGUAAAAGUGGCAAAGUUUCUGUCUAGAGUGCUUACAGUAUAAGGCUACACUCCAGAAUAGUAUUUGGCAGUAUUGGUGGGGCAGCACCUCUCAUUUGACCUCUAGUCAGUUACAUCACUCCUGCUUACCAGCAGGGGGAGGCAGCCACAAGACCCGUGUGGUGCAAACUCACCAGCAGGAGGGCUGAAUUGACUCAGCCCAUGAUUUGCACCUCACCCAUCCCCUCUAAGCAGCAGCAGUGUGACAGACCACAGGUCAGGUGCAUGGCAGUGCCCUGCCUUACUGCUGUCUACUGAUAUUUGGGGUCUUAUGUACCAUUGACUAUAAUAAGGCAUUAUGAGCUGGGGAAGAAGUCCUCCCAUUAUUCCUAGGUUAACACAUCUCUAAAUAGGACUUUAGCAUGUCUUAAGUGUGGGAAUCUGGAGCAUUUUGGAGCAAAUUGGCUGAGAUUCAGACGGCUGUACAUGCAGCUUUUUGUGAGUAGUGGAGGCAAAAAAACUGUAGGUGCAAGCAAACACUGGGAAAUCCCCAACUGCGCUUUUGAGUAUUCACUUAUUGGAAUACAGCCGUUAUUUAUAAUAGCCGUCAUAACAUUUUUCUAUACAUAUCUGAGACACACACACAUGUGAUAAAGGUGGCAGUGGCUCUCUUUGCAAUUUUCUUAAUAAUUUUGUUAUUUCUCUUUGUUUGGAGGACCUUGCUAAUUGCUUUCUUUCUGUCGGUGCAGGGCCGCCACAGAGGGUCUUUCUCUCAGUUUAAUGGAACGGCUGAUUCAGAAAUAUGAUGACCAUGUUGUGAAGAUGCUCACGGUGCAGUACCGAAUGCACCAGACCAUCAUGCAGUGGGCUUCCACUGAGAUGUACGGCGGCCGCCUCUCGGCUCACUGCUCCGUUGCGCAACAUUUACUGAGGUAAGUGACACUGUGCCUGCUUGCUUGCUGUUUCUCCUGACUCUAAACAUUUUCAGUGCGGAUUGACAUUGUCAAUUAAUAUUGAUGGAGAAUAUGCAGGGUUUUCUGCUAUCUGCAAUUAUCCUUUUUUCUUUUUCUUUUUGCCUCUAUUUUAGCAAACCAGGGUGGGUGUUUUUUUAUCGUCUUUCAUUUAGCAAAUAUUGAUCUUGGUUUUCCCUGCACUGGUUGCAGAAUAUAUUUAUGUGCAGUUCUGUUGUUUUUUUUAAUUUAAGUAAAGCAAAGUUAUAUAGCAACCAGUUAUAUCUUGUGGGCCUGAUUUUGCAGUCACUGUGGGCCCAAUGGCUUGCACAUACCCAGCCGAAGUCUUUGGGGUUGAAAUAGCUGGCCCUCGUACCACAACGAUUUUUGAAACUAAGAUUCAAGGGCAGUUUGCUAUCUGGGUAUUUUUAUUUUGUUUUUGGUGGGUGGGGUUAAGAAGUAGUGGAAAACAAGUUUAGAGCCCUCAUGGGUACUUGGAGCCUAUUCCAUGUCUCUUUGAGUCUUAGCCUUUGAUUCCAAUGCCCAGUGCAGGCAUAAUAAUAUUACCGAUUGCUUUAAAAAAUUGGGAGCAUGUCGUGCACACUCAUCUAUGGAAUGAGGAAUAUCCCUCUAUGGAAUGUCACUCUACUCUUUCACUGUUGGGUGUGAUGUUGUUUGUUCAACAAAUGAAUAAGUCUUUUUUAGAUGAUCUUUAUAUGCAGCAUCAUCAGUGUGCCUAGCACUUCACGGAGUACAUGUCAAGGGGAGGAGAAAAGGGACAGGGCUAAACAGGGAGCAAUAUCUGAUUGUUUUAGUUACGAGGUUAGGGUUAGGUGCAAGCUGGGUGAUGGCAGGGCAUGGGAACCAGGCAGUUGUUCCAAACAUAAUACGUAAUUUUUUAAACUUAUAAAACUAUAUGAAACAAACAAACCCAAAGCGUAUGCAGUAUAUUGAAAGAUCCAGUUUUUAAAAGGCUGCUAAUAUGAAACUUCACUGUGAGUUGGGCUCAUAUUGGCCAUAAUCUGUUAUAUCCACUGGUAGCAACUGGAAAUUGCUGUCAGCAGUGCUCAGAAUGGAGUACUUGAAUUUUUAUCUUUGCAACCACUAAAAUGCAAAACAUAGCAGGACUACAAACAGAGCCUUAUCUUUGUGUAAAAGAAAGAAAGAAAAUAGAGUAGUUAGUAUUCAGGGAACACUUACAUCAGGAUAAUAUGGAUUUUUUUUAUAUAUAAAGAAACUCACAUUAUGGAUUUAAAUCACCAAGAAGAUAAUUUCAGUAUGCAAUAUUGAUCGCAAUUGCAGUGAAAUACUUUCUAAGGGCUGAAAGAAAUGGUCAACAAUAAAAAAUGAAUUACUGUUUUGAAUGAAGGAAGAUGUUACACUCUUCAGUUAGGGUUUAAUGCUGCAGCAAAUUGAAGGCUGCAUAAAUUCUCACUGACUUCAUUGAGUUCCAGAGCAACCUCUUAACCUGAAAUAUUCUCCCUUUCCCCAUGCUGUAGGCUAAGAAAAGGGGAGACCAGUCUUCUAGAGUUCUAAGAUUCCCAUAUAAACCAAGUUGUAAAGCUCGGGUACCAAAUGGUGAUAAUCCUAGGUUAGCUAAAGUGGUGACCUCCAGAUGUUGCCAAACUCCAUCUCUCAUCAUCCCCAGCCAGCAUAGUCAAUGGUCAGGGAUGAUGGGAGCUGUAGUCCAGCAACAUGUGGAGGAUCACCGGUUCCCUGCCCUUGUGCUAAUCAAUAUUCUCCUCCUGCCCCCAGCAUUCUAUUUUUAAAGUCUUAGUUAUUUCAUUGAGAGAGUUACAGAUGAGUUUAAGUAUCUCCAGUUGAAUUAAGUGAUACCAUACAACCUGAUUCUGUACAUAUUUGCACAGAAGUUUAUGCUUCUACAUUCAGUGAACCUGCUUCUAGGUAAGUGUACAGAGAAGGCUUAACUUUUACAGGAUCUCGCACUUGGUUUUCAGUUUUUCCAGGCGGAAAUUAUUUUCCUGAGCUUGGGGGAGGAUGCUGUUUGCAUUUGGCGUCAUUUUAGUCUUGGUAGCCGCAGCAAGGUGUCUCCCUGUUGUCAGUUAAUGAAAGUAGAAGGAGCCCACCUUGCUUUAUAAUUUUUAUUCUGCUUAUUGUGAACUGCCUUGGGUAAGCAUGAUUGGAAAGAACAGCACAGGCAAAUUAACAACGCUGCUUUGCUUGACACUGGUUAAAAGUGCUGAUAAUGUUCUUUUAAAAUUUUUAAACAGAAUGGGCUUGAGUUUUUAAGACAGAUAACUGAAGAGGCUGCUCACUGUAUAUAGGAAAAAUACACAUUAUGUGGUAUUAGCAAGGAAGGAAUUAAUAAUGGAGUGGUUUCCUUUGGGUUGCUCUGUAGGUCAGCUGUAAUGAAUGUAGUGGCUCUUUUCCUCUCUUUCCUCUCUUACCCCUAUGCCUCAUACUCUUAGUGGAAUUGCUGAGAUGUAAUGUUUAAAGAUAUUCUACCUUAUUUUGUCCUUUGUUUUUGGAACACUUAUAUAGAGUCAGACUGCAUGCUAUCUUUAGUCAGAUUUUUUGGGGGGACUUUGAGUGUCUCUUGCUCUGGGUGCUUUCAGAGAUAACUAUAAAUUGUCAUGGUGAUGCCCUGAUUUGAAGAUUGUUUAAUUAUUCAUUUUAUUGUUUUCCUUAUCCCUUGUUUAAUUCCUUUUUUAUUCUUCAUUCUGCCUUUUACUUUUGGUGGUUUUGCAUAAGUAGUAUUUUUAGGAUUUGAAUUUGCAAAUGUGAUUUGUUGUGUACCUUUUGAGCAAUCACCUUUGCCCAUAGGCAAUAAAUGAUUUGACCUGGACCCUAAUUAUAGCAGGUGUAUGUACCUAUGUGAGGUAUGGCUGGAAUUUAAAGGAAUAAUUAUUCAUAGCAUUAAGGAAACUCUUGCUAAGCUAAUAAGGAAAGUACCUCUUCUGUUGUACUCCUUUUAUUGGUCAAAAAAAAAUAAUGUACAUCAAAUCACAGCAAGGCAGGACUGCAUGAUUAACCAAGGGCAAAUCAUGCAAAAUUCAUUUGGCACAUGGGCAGCUUUGGGCUGCUGUCACAAAUUCACAUUUGUGCAUGAAAUCUGUACUUGAUAUGUUGGUGGCUAAAAGAAAAGAAUCUGCCUCUGUUCUUGGCCAGAGGGCGAUAAUGAGGGUUUCUUCCUGACAACAAGGGUGAGAGCUUUCUGAAAGCUUCUCCCCUACUAAUUUCUGAGGGAGCAACACGCCAUUCACCAGUGCAGUCAACACCGCAGCAUUUCGAAUUAUCAUGUGGCCUUGUUUUGCUGAUUCUUCCCUGGCUUCCUCUGAGUGCUGAGAUAUGAAGGCUCAUAGUAAUUUGAGAGGCUCAUAUCUUGGUGGAUUUCAGGCAUAUUGAGAAUUCAGCCUUCAUUGUAUAUACAUAUUAUUAAUGAAUCUGAGAAGAAUAUUUGGCUCUACACCUUGUAAGGCACUGCUAGUUCCAGCACAUAAGACUGAAAGAACUUCCUUGUCAAACAGCUUUUAUGCUUAUCAUAUAUCUUAUUUUAAGAUUUAAGGAAUAUGUUGUUUGGGAUAUGCUGAACACCAAGACCAAGGGAGUGCAAAACCAAGAAAAUGCUUCUGUCAAUGGUAAUACAUCAGUCUUAAAUUUUCUCACAACAGCACCUGGAUUAGUAACCCAAACUCCUGUCUUUAGGCUGUGCUUGGACCCAAAAUCAGCAAGUAUUCCCUCAGUUCUCCCUUCCAUCCCUCAGUUCUUGCUGCUGAUGUCAUGAAAACCACUUUGCCAUCAUAACAGUUCUGUUAAUGCCUUGCAAGUUUGUUUAAAUUUACUUGCAGAAGAAGAAGAAAACUGGUGCAUGUAUCAGUAUGAUUUUCUGUGGCCGAAACCAUUUUCAGUAUAGAAGAUGGAUCUGAAAGCAGCCCGUCAUUGGCAACCGUUAAAAGUCUCAGCAUUGUGAUGGCUCUGUCUUUCGGCCAAUGUGUGUGGGCUGUUCUGCAGCUGAGGCAUUGCAGCACAAGAAAAGUAGGGGAAUGCUGAAAUAUUUAUGCUGAAAUAAUCAGCAAUUGCUUAGUACUUUAAACACGGAACAAAGGAUAGGUUACCUGGGGCCUGCAGGAAAAAUGCAAGGGAGAGGCUUCCAGAGGAUUUUAGUUUGAAACUAGAAACAUAGGAAGCUGACUUACAUAGAGUCAGACCAUUGGUCCAUCGGGCUCAGUAUUGUUGACCCUGUUUGGCAGCAGAUCUCCAGAGUUUAGGUCAGGAUUCUUUCCCAGCUCUAUCUAAAGAUGUAAGGAAUUGAAUCUGGGACCUUCCAGAUGCAAAGCAGAUGCUCUUCCACUGACUUUCCAGGCCUUUCCAAAGUAAUCUUCUGAACAAGAGCAUCUUGUAGCACAUGCAGAGUGUCCUUCCUCCCAGGCAGCCAAAGCCAUCUUCCAGAUGUCUGGAACUGGGGGUUGGAUGAUUAGGACUGACAACAUAACCUCCAAGCAAGUACAAGAGUCCUGAUGCACUUCUAGUUUAAACUAAAAUAAGUAGCAGUUGGAGGGAUUACUCUAUUUUCAGGCUUUUGCAUUUAUAUAUAGAUUUCCAAGCCUGUUCUUCCAGCCCCCAGCUUUUCUCAGAAGGAAAUGUGAUUUUUCUCUCCAUUGGAAUACUGUACUUAUGCAGCAGAUUAUCUUUAGAAGUGGCAUUCACAAAAUCACUCAAAUCAAGACUAUUCUUGAGAAAUGAAAGUAACCUGCUGUUAUCCUGAACCACAAAAGAAGUAUCCUUAAUGGUGCCCUUGAAGGAGACAGUUUGCUUAGCAGGUGUGCACUAAGAGGAGACCUAGGAAAGUAAAAAUAGAAAAUCUGAGCAACUGAAGACUCUUGACUUUUUCCAAAACAAACUUUAGGAAGUAUGAUCAUUUUCAUAUGAUAAGGACAUGAUUUAAUUAUGCACGGCCUGACGUGGCAAUCAUGUAAUGUUGCAGCACAUUUUGAUGAUUUAAAUAAAAUGGACCACCUUGAAAAGAAGAUGGAAGCUCUGAAACGAGGGAGAAAUGAGAAUCAGUUACUAGAUGUUCCUUAUUGAGCACUAGAUAAAAUGAAAUUUAAAUAAAACAUUGUGAAAAGAGAUUCCCUUUAUUCUACCUGUGUAAAUUAGAAACUAUUCCAAACCAUACUGGCAUCUCAAUAAUAAUUAUAACGAGCACUUGUUGAAGACUUUCAUCUCAAAGGAAGCUUGGGUUGCAAUCCUAAACAUAUUGAAUUGGAGGAAUGUGGACUCUAUUUUCAAGAAAAAUGAUUAGAGUUGGGCUGUUGGAGCACAUUUUCUCCAAGCAGAAUGAAAAGUUAACAAAACAAUUGCAAAUAAUUUGGGGAAACCCAAAGUUAUUGUCCUUGAACUAUAAUUCUGGGUUCUGUUCUUACGCUGAUACAACCCAAGUAAAAAAUUGAAUUGUUAAUUUUCCACAAUGGCAAAUCUUGGCUCCAUGAAUUUACACUGGAACCCUUAAAAGUUUUCAUUUAUGUUCCGCAGUUAUGAAUGCAAGUAAACAACUUUGAUUCUCAAAUGCGGAUUAUUGUACUUUGUGAUGUACAAAACUUAUGUUAAGCCAACGUUGUAUUUGAGGUUAUCAAGAUUGUGCUUUGUGCCUUUUUCUAAUAUUGCAGCUGUCAGAACAUUGUCUCUUGUAAUACAUCAAAGGGCACUUCCUUUUGGCUCCAAGUGCUAAAAUGUACAAGCAUCUGCACUGUAGAAUCUUGCAUCUGUAAUCUGGCUCUUUGACACUAUUGACAUGCGCUUUUGUCUUCUACUUUCUGUAUUUUCAUUGAUGCUACUGAAAGUUGUGUUGCCAUUACAGACAGGAGUUUUAAAGAAUUAUUUGUUUAGAAUUUUGAAGGGAGAGCAGGAGAUAGGUUUAAAGGCACAGUUGUUUUCACCUUGUAUCCAUGACUUUUUUUAAACAAAGUAUUGUAUGUUUCUAGAUUUUGCAGAGAUAUGUUUUUUGAAUGUGAUGGCAAAUGUACUGAAGGAAUUGAAACCUUGAGACAAGAAAAUAAAGACCAAAUUCAUUAGCUGACUUUCAGUGGGCUGGAUCCAGGCUAAGGCUGUAGACCUGAACACACAGGAAAGCAAGUCCUGUUUGAAUUCAGUAGAACUUCUGAGUAGACAUGUGUAGGAUUGCACUGUUAGUUGCAUUCUCUUCCUAUUGAAAUCUAUGGAACUGAAAUUACAACCACCUAUGGAACUGAAAUCAUGACCAGCUUGUCCCAUUGAUUUCAGUGGGAUCAAAGUUCAAAUUCCUUACCUGGAUCCAAACCAUUGUUUCUAAACCCAUCUAUUAAAAUUUGCCCUAGCCUGAUUCAAAUAUUUUAUACUUGAGGGUUACAGGUUGCAGUUUCUGAAUGUCUGAAAAACAAGUGGGCAAAAAACCCAGAAAAAGCGCAGCACCAUGUGUGUGUUGCUUAUUUUGCAUUAACAUCUCCUAAUAACUCAUGUAAAUAUUUUGAGGGUGAAUUAGAAGAAAACGUGGUUGAAAGAAUGAUCAAAGUUCUUGGCUUGCCUCUUUUUUGGCUUCAUGGAAUAAAUGAUCCUGUACACCAGACGUAGGAAAGCUGUGGCCCUCCAGAUGUUGUUGAACUACAACUCCCAUCAGCCCUUGUUAUAGGCCAACAACACCUGGAGGACCACAGAUCCCCCACACGUGCUGUACACAAUAGCCAGCAAGGCUAUUUAUAGUUAUUUUAUUUACUUAGUACAUUUAUAUCCCACCUUUUCCCAUUAUGGAACUCAAGGCAGCAUACAUGGUGUUCCCUGGCAGUCCCCCACCCAUGCACUGACCAGACGCAAUUCUGGCUAGCUUCAGCAAGGCGGCAGCAUUAUAUGCCUCUAGACUAUGCUCUGGGAGAAUGUGAACUGUGAAUGAUCAAAGGUAGUUCUCAAAUAUGGCUGAAACACUUUGGAAUUGCUUGUUUGUGCACACAGUAGUUGUAAACAAGUGUUGUGAUCUCAGUGUAACAAUCUCUCUAAAUUUUAUGCAAGUCUGCCAAGAGUACAGUAUAUAUCCCUCUCUCCACAACAUGGCAUCAAAUACUAAUUAUGUGUGGCUCCCUGAGGAGAGCAUUCUACAGGCAGGGUUCCACAACCAAAAAAGGUUCAAUUUGUGGUGACCUGGCUGAGCAGAGGCUUUGUUCCCUCCAUCAUUUGGCCCAAUGGAAUUAUAUGAAGUGACCCCAAGUGGGGUCCACUGCAAAUGUAUAUUUGCAGGUCCCACUAUCUGAACACAAUGCAUUCUCAGGAAAUCGUUCAUUAGGCAAGUGUUCACAUAACAAGCAGAUGAUUGCCAUUGUUUCCUAUGGGGAAUCUAAGAUUCGUCCAAUCUCAAUUUCUCUCUGGUUUCUGUCUCAAAUUGCUGCAGCCAACCAGCAAAAGACAAACAAAGGAAAAACUGCCCCCUGUCUGGUCUCUUCCGUUCCCUAAUUUGUCUGAACUCCCUCCGUUCCUUUCUUCAUGGUUGCCACCCAAAAUGGCUGCCACUGACCAGCAAAACACAAACAAGUAAGGAAGUGGGUAAACUCUGGCUGCUUGGAUAUCUGAACCAGCUGUUUGUGUUACUAGGUUUGGGUAUGAUUCUUUGUGUUUCGAUAACUGACAUUUCAGAUGACAAACGUUCCGAUAGUGGGACCUGCAGUCCCACAGAAUGGAGGAUUCUUCUGCUCUGUGGCCUGACCUAUGGAGGUUCUGUGGAAUAGUCUAGGUCAAUUUGUGCUAGGAUUCUAAAGCAGAAUAAAUGUGCUGCUGUUUAUACUCAUGCUAGUUAAGGGUCAUUAACUUAUUGUUCUUUCUAAUAACUUGUCAGGGACCUCCCAGGGGUGGCUUCCACAGAAGAAACUUGCAUUCCGUUGUUGCUUAUUGAUACAGCUGGCUGUGGCUUAUUUGAGCUUGAGCUGGAAGAUGAACAGUCUAAAGGAAAUGAAGGUAUUGUUGUUUUCCCUGCUAUGGUUCUCCACACUCCCACCCUGGAAUCAGCGCCCCCCCCAGCCUCCACAUUUCAAGUUACAUUAUCCAUGCAUGUGCUGUAAUUUCAACUGCUACUACAUUAAAAAGGUUGCCUUGUGCCCGCGGUGUUGAAAGUGGUAGCCUUGGGGAGUUACUGAAGAAUUUAGUUAUGCUAUUGGGAUCUUGGCAACCACACAUGGAAAUGAAUAUGAAUACAUCCAUGGAAAAAUCUUGGGAUGUCAAGGUUUAGGAAUGCUUCUUGUGGUCCUAAGAUGGAUGGAUAGCCUGUGUAAGCCACCAGUACCUUUCAAAACUCCUUCAGUAGUAGAACAGUGCAAUCUACAUGGGCUGUACAUUUGCUACAAAGUACCAAUAAGUGCAGAGGUUUUCAACCUUUUUGAGUCCACAGCUCCCUUGACCAACUACAUUCUUUCUGCGGCACCCCUAUGGGACUCAGGAGCCCAGUUGUGUCCCCCCUUGCCUGCAGAGCUGGCAGCCUCUCCCCCUUUUUCAAACACCCUCCCUUGGGGAGUGUUCCCUCAGCCUCCUUUCCUUUCCUCUCCCCUCUGCUUAGGAGUCCUUUCGGCAGCCAUUGCUGCUGCCCCUGGUCUCUGAGCUGCCCCACCCCACCGCAAAGAGAGGUGCCUCCUCACACUGCCCCACAGGAGUCUGGGAAGAGGAUCCCCCAGCCUUAGUGGCCCAACAGAGACUGGCUAAAGGUGAAUGUGAGGUCAGCACCUUACCUUGGGAGGCAGCAGUGGGUACUGCUGGGCCUGCAAGAUGGAAGGGCUCCCCUUCAGCACCAGGCACUUAGCUCCCAGGCAGGCCUUGCACAAAGCAAGGACAAGAGAGGCCAGCGCAGCACCUGUCUAGCUGGCCUCAUACUUGUCUGCCAAUUCCCAACAGCAAGGGUUGGUGGGCUGGCUAGCUGGGCUCCUUCACCCGCUUGCUUACUCCAAGGCCACCUCAGCUCCUGGCAACCAGCCCUCCUUGACCAGCCCCUGAGGCACCAUUCACCUGCAAAGCUUGUAGCCAGGGCUGCUGCAACAAACAGCUAUGCAAGCCUUUGGGAGGUAGAGACACGAGAGUUCAUCAGAAGAGAGAGGGAAGGAAAGAGGGACAGAGGCCAGUGUUGCCUGCAGCACCCCUGACCAUCAUUCAAGGCACCCCAGGGUGCCACGGCACACUGGUUGAAAACCUCAUUACCAUGGAUGUAGCAGAGGUCCAGCCAAAUUAUCAAGACCACAGUGUACUGUAACCAAACAGCAGGUGGAAAAACAUGCAGCUGGAGAGGAAAAUGGAUUGUAGAUAACUGACCAUGGAUGAUGAAAAUUUCCAUUUGGAUUCAACAUCACUGCACUAGACAAGGUUUAUAGAGCCACCUAGCAAAAUACAUCCUUCCCCAAAGACCUUGAAUUCUCAAAAGCAAGAAGCAGGAGAAUGAAAGAUUAUCUAGUUCAGCCUCAUGGUCUAGGGUAAGAUAAUAAAGUACCUUAAUGAAAGUUGACAGAGCUUAACAGGGCUGGACCAAGACAUUUUACUCCCUGGGGCAAAAAGCAAGAUGGUGCCCUUGCCCUGUACAAAGGCUGACUGGGCCAACAGCUGAAUUCUAUUUCAACACUGGCGACAGGAUAGCAUCCUUCACUUCUGUCUGGGAACUGGUUAAGAGGAGUAGACAGGGGACUGCCACUGCUGUCUCUCUCAUACACACACACACACCCCUCAGCAUGUGCUGCCUGAGACAGUCAUCUCACUUUGCCUAAAAGUUGGGCCAGUCCUGGAGCUGAGGAAGAAGGGCGCUUGUGAUGAUUGUUGGAUCAGACACCUGUGGUUUAAAUAGCACUCUUGAAUUGCAACACAAGCUCUGAAGCGAUGGGCAAAGUCGUAUGUUGUCAGCUUGAAGUGCUGGACUCUCCUGGUUCCCAUAUGGUUUGUUGGUACAGCUUAGCUGAGAGAACUUUCAGUUCUAAUUGCCUUGCCGCAUAGCACUUUGUCAGAUCUCUCAGUGAACAAGGCACAGACCUUCACAGUUAAUGGGUCAGAAAGUGCCUGACCAUGUUGGUGGCAUAUACAGCAAUUCUGCUAACAGAGAGAAAGGCCAGUUCUCUGAGCACAGAGAGUUCUGGAGUUAUAAAUCAGCCUAGCAACUGUUGUGAAGCUCCGUCUCUGUUGCUGAAUAAAUAGGAAGGUUUCCAGUCUCACUGAGCUCCAGUAGCAGUAUUCAUUUGGGAAUUCUAGACUGCAUUUAGGAGUGGGAAAGGGGUGUGCUCAUGGGACAGGGCUUGAGCCCAGAGAGCAGGGAGAGAGGUCACAUCUAGAAAGUGGGAAUCUUCUAGAGAUGAUUGAGGGAGAGGGAUGCUUACAUGGUUGUCUCUCAAUUGGGGGGAAAGGCUUGAGAGCAGGGAAGCUCAAGUAUGCAUUAACUCUGGGAUAUUUUGCAUGUUGUAUCCCCAUAGCAUGGCUAAUUCUUAGAAAGGCUAUUUCAUGCAGGAAUUAAAUAUUAUACCCAUUUGUAGGUUAGCAUCCUGCCACAGUCCUAUUCCAUGCAGGGUUUCACUGUGAGCACAUGCAGUACCCAUCUUUGCAUAUGUUGCAUGCACAUUAUGAUCUCCACCAGGGGUAACUGAUGUGGUGCCAUCCAAAUGUUGCCAUGUUGUAACUGCCAUCAACCUCAACUAGCCUGGACCUUGGUUGGGUAUGAUGGGAGUUGUAGUCCUACAGCUUCUCAAGGGCAAUCAGCAUUGACAACCCUUUAUCCAUAGUAAGAAAUGGAAGUGCUGUCUAUGUAGGAAUUGCGUAAUGUUUGAAGCAGCCCUUGUUGUCAGUACCAGCAAGUCUAAUUCAGAAACAUAGUGAAAUGGGCACACAAAUAAAUAGGCACCAGCUUCCAAAGGCAAAUAGCUGCAAGAGCCAUGGUCUAAAAUAUGAAUUUCCUAACCUAUGCUGGAUCAGUUCAAAGGCAGAUUUCACUUCUUGGAAUUGGGGUGGUGUUAUCUUGGUAUUUUCAACACUGAUCUUACUACCCUUGAGAAUGUGAACUGUGAUGUGUUGCUUGUAUCUGACAGUGUUGUAUGGAACUCAUAACCAUUUGCCCAGCUAUUAAAGAAAUCCAUAAGGCAUACAGCCUGUAUUUGUAAAUAAUUUAAAAAUAUUUUUACCAACAUAGCCAUACUACUACUACUACUACUACUACUACUACUCCAUGCAUGUUUCCCUUGUAAAUUUCAUUAAGAGAUAAUUUGAGAACUCUUUUUUCAUAUGAGGAGAUGUAGGGCAUCAAGUAGCUUGGUGAAUGUUUGAACUAUGGUCAGUUUCAGAACUUUAUGAUCCAUAGCUUGAAGCUGCCUUGUUUAACUAACCAGUUUGUUCUAAAUCACAGUCUCUGGCUUGUACAUAAUGCUAAAUCAGGAAUCUUUGAAAGUGAAACUAAAUGCUGCAAAAGUGUUUCUGGUAUCCACGUGGGAAAAAGGAAGCACACAAUCUCAAGGGUUUGCUUAGGUUCAUUCUAAUUUGUGCACAUAGCUCUAAACCAUGGCAAAACACUUUACUGAUUGUAAAGACUUGUUUUUAAAGUGGCAAGUGAAAAGCAGCCUUUCACUAUCAUUGUCUGAAUUGGAUGCUUUUUAAGUGGAAUCUGUCAACUUGUUCUAGGGUUAAAUCGCUCAUUCACAGCUAAGUUUUAUUUUUCCCCUUCCAGGCGAAGCGCGUCUUGCCAGCUUGCACGUUCAGGCUUUAGUGGAAGCCGGUGUUAAAGCAAGAGACAUUGCUGUCAUUGCUCCUUACAACCUCCAGGUGAGUGUGUCUGCCAUGCUCUCAGAAGCACAACAUUUCAAAGUAAAAAAUUUAAAGCCAUGGGACUUUAGGAUGAAGGGUGGGCAAUAAAUUGUAGUAAUAACGUUUGUUGUCCUAGCAACGUCUUUGUUUUUCAGGUGGAUAUGCUAAGGGAGCUUUUGUGUCACAAGUACCCAGACCUGGAGAUUAAAUCAGUGGAUGGCUUCCAAGGAAGAGAGAAGGAAGCUGUUGUCCUCUCUUUUGUAAGGUCCAACAGAAAAGGUACAUAGGCUAUAACCUGGAACCAUAUAGAACAAAAAGAAACUUAAUUUGCCAGAAUCGGGGAAACUGUUAAAAUUGUGUGGUUUCAACUGGCUCCUUCUUUGGAACAAGGUGCUGACCUCUUCUACACAUGCUCUCGGAAUCAAAGGAGGUGCUUCCACGUGGUGUAAUCACAUCCUACAGGGGAGUACUUGGGAGUAGCAUGACUAUGAGGACAGUACCAGUUGCAUGAAUCAUUGGCACCUUACCUCCUGGUUCAUGUCCUAAUGAAUUGGCAUCACCCAAUUGUUUUAGCCAACAUGAUUGUGUUACUCCUGCAGCAUGUAUCACAUCACAUGGAAGUGGCUUCCACACUGCUGGGAGCCCAUAUGCAGGGAACCACUGACACUUUUCCCAGAGUGGAAGAUUCUCAAUAAUUAACUGCGCAAUGGAAAAGUAAUUUAUAUAGCAAAACACUCUCCUUUUUGUCCAGAGAGCCUGGGAAGGGGUGUUUCCAAGCACAGGCUGAAAACUCUGGUGGCUAGCCACAUAUUCUAGUACAGGGCCAGUCCAAUACAUUUUGCUGCCUGAGGCAAAGGACAAGAUGGCAGCCUCUCCAUUCCACAUCGCCACACACCAGCCUUUGCCACCUGCGGCGGCUGCCUCUCUCUGCCCAAUAGUAGGACCAGGUCUGUUCUAACAGGCAGAGUGGUCUACGGGGGUUGAAUUUUAAAACCAAACCAAACCUGUGGCUAUUAUUGUCAUGGCUAUUCACGCUACUACUAUUACUACUUAAUAUACAGGGUGAUUCAUAAUGAAGUAUACAGUUUCCAUUACUGUAUACUUCAUUAUGAAUCACCCCGUAUUAUGUCUUAGAAAUUAAUUAAGAAAGAGUGGACUGUUAAUUCAGGCACCUUUGGAGAAGACAGGCAGUCCUUCAGGUAAGCCAGUGGUAAUUGCUGGAUACUUGCCAUCUGUCAGCUCUAUUGUAGUGAGUACAACACAGUUGUCCACAGCUCUAAAAAUUCCACACAGUAGCAAACCUGAACUGACCACAAACCUGUUGGGUGCGGGUCAAAAGCUAGCUUGUUUCCCAGGUGUAUUCCUUUUGGAAAUACAACAAAUAUUUCAUUACAGCUGGCAGCAUCCUGCCCAACAUGGUAGGCUCUGCUCAGAGAACAUACUCUUUUCUGCUUUCAUGGCACUAGGUAGAGGAUAAAGAACACUGUGGUUGCUGAAGUCAAAGCAGUAAAACUUUUCCUUGCUACUUUUCUGCUAUGUUCUUAAGUGAAGUUAGCAAAUAGCAGCAUGUUCUUCUAUUAUGAUUUGUUAUUAUUUUCCAGAUAAUGCUUGUUAAGCACACAUUGGCAACCUAAUACACUUUAAAGUACCUACAGGCUCUGUUCUGAAAUGUUCUAUGUCUUCAGAUGGUAGCAACAAAAGCCUGCCCCCCUCAUUUAGUUUUAAUGUUUGUUUUUCUGCUUGUCUUCUGCUUAGCUGCAGGAGCAGGGGACUCAGCUACACCACCCAAGCUAGGCAGCUGAGCUGACUCAACUUGGCAUUUGCUUUCUGUUGUUACAGAUCCUUGAGAAAAUAAUUGGAGAUCAGAAAUAGCUUCUGGAAAAGUCUCAUAUGUGUCUGUCAUUUUUAUCCAUUGGCUCACACAUGUGUGCUAGUUAAUUGCCUUUAGAAAAUAGCAUUCACUGUCUUUCCUUCUGACCUUUAUGGAAGUUAGACUUGUGUCAAUAACUAGGAAAAAGGAAAGUGUAACUGCAAGGCUCUGUGGGAGCUUUCGCUUCCUAAUUUCUGCUGAAACAAUGCAGUCCUGACCUAUAGCUUAAGGCCAAUUCCAUUGCAGACAUGAACUUUAGAUAGGUUUAGUUAAUCAGCUUGGACCAUCUGUAUGAAUAUUACUGCUGUUCCGCUUCUGACAAAUCACAGUGAUGUGAAUCAUUAAUGGGUAUCUGUGGCUUGUGUGCCACAUUAAGCCGCAGAAACUUAAAUUUUCUGGUUCUUGGCCAUUUAGUGGACUCUACUUCCCCUACUUAAAAAUUAAAUGGAAUGAAGCUGUAUUUUCAGCUUGAUUUCUCAAAUGAGACCGAAGCAGUAUUGUGACAAAAAAGUCACAAAAUAAGUAGAGCUUUAAAUAAAUGGUUUUGUUAAAAGAGAUAGUUGACAUAUUACUUGUAUUUUCACAAACCAAUUAAGUCAUCAGCUGAAGUCUAACAUGUUUCUCUGUUAGCUAAAUCAUAGUAAAUGUACCUUUUUAGAUAUUUCAGAAAGUGUAAGGUAACUUAAAUGUAAUAAUCUAAAGCUCCCCCAAUCACUGUUUAAAUGAAAUGAUUUUUGUCCCUUUUACAGUAACACACCAUAACUAAUAUAGCCUCAAAAAGUAAACCAGUGUGCCAUCAGAUCUCAGCCCUGGUGACUACAGUUUCCCAUCACUAAUUAGUUUACAUGAGAGCAAACCCCACUAGAUACAGUGCAACUUAAACUGAAUAAUCAUGCAUAAAAAGAUGUUAUUAAGCUGCAAGUGGUAAAUCAGUUAAUGAAACUCAUUAACUGGUGAAUUGAGGUCCCAAUACUGAUCCUUGGGAGACUCUACUAUCUACACUCCUCCAUUGGGACAACAUUUAUUCACACUCUCUGCUCUCUCUUACUUCACUAGUUCCUGAUCCACAAAAGGACCUCACCUCUUAUUCCAUGACCGCUAAACAUGCUUAUGAGUCCUUGGUGCGGUAGUUUGCCCAAAGCCUUUUUGAAAGUCUAAGUUGGAUCAUCUCUAUCUAUAUCCUUGUUGACCCUCUGGAAGAACUCUUUAGCAGGGCUUGUUCUCCUGUAUGCUUGGUUAUUUCAUCUUUAACAAUACUUUCCACCUAUUUUCCCAUAGCUUUGAACUCAUUGGAAGAAAGCUGGGCUAUAAAUGUAUGAAAUACAUACAUUUUCACUUUCAUAUUCAUUUGACCACCUUAAGCAGUGAUAUGACCUUGGGAGAUGGUUUUGUCAACACAAGCAUUUCUGCUUGCUUGAUGGAACAAUCUCCCCCCUCUUCCCUCCACACUGUUCUAGGGGUUCUGCCACCCAAAUGCUGAGCCAUUGUGGGGGGCAGGAGAAAGGAGGGAAGCCCCGCUUCACUAGCAGAAGACCUUGCUAGGCUCUUGAUAGCAGGACCCAUGAACUGGACCAGGUCCUGAGUUCAGAAAACUAAAGCAAGAUUUCACUAUGCAAAAAUGGUGUCCGUAAUGAUCAACCUGGAGUGCAUCUGAUCUUGUAGUUUGUUGUGGUAAUGAAGUUUGGCUAUGUUUAUUUUGCAGUUCCUAUACUUCUGUAGGUAUAGGAUUACCGUAUUUUUCGCUCUAUAGGACGCACUUUUUCCCCUUCAAAAAUGAAGGGGAAAUGUGUGUGCGUCCUAUGGAGCGAAGACGCCAUAGCCCCGCGACCCUCUCCCGGCUGGAGAGGUGACGCGCGGCUAUGGCAGGAGCCUCUAUAGCCACGGGCCACCUCUCCAGCCGGGAGAGCGCGCAGGGGGCUAAAGAAGCCCCCCGUGACCCUCUCCCAGCUGGAGAGGUGACGCGCGACUAUGGCAGCAGCCUCUCCGCUGCGCCUUUCCGCUGCUCCCUGACCUGCUCUUUGGGGCUGGUGGUGGGCUUCCCCCCGCCAGCCCCAAAGAGCAGGUUGAAAGGAACCUGAAGCCUGGAGAGCGAGAGGGGUCGGUGCACGCUUCCAAGGUAGCCGCCUGAACGCACCUUAAACGGCACCUUGUUUUAGAGUGGGAAAACAAGAGGGGGGAAAUUCUCCCCCUCUCUGCGCAGCGCCUCCUGCCGCUUCGCUUAGCGGAUUAGCGCUAUUAGCGGUUUAGCGGCUAUUAAAGGCUUAGCGGCUUAGCGGCUAAAAGGCUAUUAGCGGCUUAGAAAAAGGGGGGAAAGCGAAAAAAAUCUCAAGACUCGCAAGACAUUUUCAUCUUGCGAAGCAAGCCCAUAGGGAAAUUCGUCCUGCGAAGCACAUCGAGAAACGGAAAACCCUUUCGUCUAGCGGGUUUUUCGCCUUGCGAGGCAUUCGUCUUGCGGGGCACCACUGUAUUCCAGUGAACAGAUAAAUCUGGGAUUUAGGUCCACCCUUCUGCCACUGACAGCCAUGUGGCACCAAGAUAGCAGGGAAGCUUGAACAAACUAUAGCAUAGGAUCCCAUGACAUAUCCAUUUAGCCUUAAAGGCGUGUCUCAUAACAGAUGUCAUGUCCUGGCAUUUUGGAGCUGAGUGAACAUGAGAAAUCCUUAGGUCAACAUAUUAAACUGGAAAAUUUAGGAGGAAACUGUAUACAUUUUGUGGUGGUUACUAUUGUUAUUGCUACUGCUGCUUAAUUUUUCCAUAUGCUAUUUUUUUGAGGCCUAUAUUAUUGUCUUUAUGAAAUACAGGUGAAGUAGGAUUCCUUGCUGAAGACCGGAGACUAAAUGUUGCAAUUACUCGUGCCCGCCGCCAUGUGGCUGUGAUCUGUGACUCUCGGACCAUUGGCAGCCACAUUUUCCUUAAACGCCUGGUGGACUAUAUGAACCAGCAUGGGGAGGUGCGCACCGCUUUUGAAUACCUGGAUGACAUCGUGCCAGAUAACUAUGCUGCUCCCAAGAGCUCUCAGGGUCUGGGUGACCAAGAAAAGAGACUUAAGUGCAACACUCCACUUGCCCCAAAGACUGAUGGAGAGAAGCCAAGAGGAAAACCAGCCAAACGGACUGGGCAGAGGCCCAUAGAGGGUUCUGUUCAAAGCCCAGCCUGGGGGGCAACAGUGGAUACUGUAGUGAAGGGCAAUUCAUGUAAGCAUGAAGCCAGGAUACUGGAGUUUCUGGAGAGCAGUGAGACCCAACUGGAUUUCCCUUCGUCAUUAAAUGCUCAUGACAGGUUGAUUGUCCACCGUCUGGCAGAGGAACAUGGGCUGCAGCAUGUGAGCACAGGAGAAGGUAGAGAGAGAUACAUCAGUGUCCGUAAGAGAGGCACUGCGACAGACUUUUCUCUGGAAGAUGCUAAGGCCUGUGAACAAGAGUUGUCCUGCAGACCUGCAGGCACCCCCAAAGAAUCCCAGGCCUCUGAACAAGAGUUAGCCUGCAGACCCCCAAGCCCCUCGAAAGACACCCAUGCCUCCUGUGAGGAGAGUGGAAGCCAUAUUAGCAAGAAGAAGGUGGAUCUGAAAACCCUGCACAUGGAGCGGAUGCAAAGGGAGAAGGCCAAGAGAGAGGAGAGGGCCAAACAAAGAAGUGAGCCAAAUGUAAACCUUCAGGAAAUCACUGGGAAUAAACAUGGAAGUGAAGCCAAAGGUACAUUAUUAUACCAUCUUGGGAUUUGCCAUUCUGUAGCAAAUUCUCUUCCUUUGCAGAGCUUUUCUAUUUGCAUUUUUAAAAGGAAAAAGUGAUGAUACUUCACUGCUGCCCUUUCAUUUGUCCCAUAUUUAAUUGAAAUUCCUUUGCAGAGGCAUUCCAGGGUAUGUAUCCCUCGGGCAUCCUUUGGGAAAUUCCAGGCCAGAGCAGCAGGCGAUGGGAGUCCUCUGCUCCCAGAAUGGCUUUAAAAAUUGAUUGCCGCUUCUAUGUUGUGCCUACAAUCCAUUUCUCCCCUUCUGCUCUGCCUGUGACAGGCUUUUCUUCUGAAAGCAACUACUUUUGACAACAACCAGGAAUGCAGUUGAAGUUAAUUGUUCUGAGACACAGAGAUUAUUCAUCCAAUAGGUUUCCUUUGAAGGGAUCAGAAGAAUGCCAGGCUUUGGUUUUGGAAAUACGACAUGUGCCUCUGCCCACCCCAACCCUUGAAAGCAAUAACUGAGAUUUGCAGACAAAAAUGACCCAGGGCUCAGAUUAGCUUGCUCCGUGGAACAGUUGCUUUGAGUGUUGUGCAGGUAGGAAGAAAAGAUGUGAAGCUAGCAGCCAUUCCACCCCCUCCCCCAAGGCAGGGUUUUAUCUGGCCCAUGCUGUAUAAUCAACUGUGAAAUGAUAAUAUUGCCUGGAUCUGCAUGUUUGUAGAGGCAGUAUGUCAGUGAGGAGGAAGAACUUCUCAGCUCAAAAAUAGAUCCGUAGAAGGGAGAAUCUCCAUCUGCCAGUUUAGGAGAAUGGGGUGUGUGCAUUCGUGCGUUCGUUUGUGUAUGCUUCAUAUGCAUACAUGUGCACACACUCCUUUUCUCUUACGGCUAACUUUGAAGAGAAGUGGAAACCUCCACACACAGAGAGAAUUCACUUGCUCUUGGAUCUAUUUAGAAGCAGCAAAUCAGCACCUAGUGUAUCAAUCUCAGUGCUGUGUAACACAGCGGAGUACAGUCUCUCCGUGUGCAUAUUUUCUUCUUUGCCCAGUUUAUCUUGCUUGAACAUUCUGGGUAGGGAUUUCAUCUUGCCAAGUGAUACUACUUGCUUCUGCAUGGUUUACAAAGCCAUCUGUUCUCAUGUGUGUGCAUAUGAAGACAGCCUUCUGCCAUUCCAUACAUCUGAGGUUGCGAUUGCUCCCUGGGUUUCUGUUUUUGCUGAUCAGCUUGUUUUGCAGGCUUUACUAGGGGACUGGAUGAACACACCUGUGCCCCUUUUAUUCCCAUGAAAAAACACUGUGUUGAAAUAAUAGAAUCUUAAAAGUUGGAAGGUACCCCAAGGGUCAUCUAGUCCAACCCCCUGCAAUGCAGGAAUCUAAGCUAAAGCAUACAUGACAGUUGGACAUCCAACCUCUGUUUAAAAACCCCCAAGGAAUGAGAAUCCACCACCUCUCAUAGGAGUCUGUUCCACUGCUGAACAGCUCUUAGCUCUCUUAACUCUCAGCUCAUCUUAACUCUCAGCUCAUCUGUAAGCUCUUUUUAUUGCAUGCUGAUGAUUCUCCUCCCCACCCUUGUGCUUUUAGGGAAGGCUUCUGUUAAAACCAAAGUGGAAGGUUCAGCAGAGGAAGAUUUUGAUGCUCUGAUUUCUGCUGCAAUCAAAGCUGACAACACGUGUGGUUUCCCCAAAUGCAAAGCAAGUGUGACAACCCUGGGGCAGCUCUGCCUGCAUUGCAAUAAACGCUACUGUCUCAGCCACCACAUCCCAGAGGUAUGUUUUUGUCCUUGCCUGGUUCAGGUAAGCUAAACAUUGCCACCAUCUGCUCAGUUUCUUGACCCCCAGUCCUUCAGGACUUGAAUUUCAUUAGUGUGAAAUGGCUGUGUGUGUUUUUUAAAGUAUUUCACAGACUCCCAUUUUUCCAGGAGGCUUCCAGGCACAGGAAGGUGAGCUUUUGAACCAUUCGCAAGGCCAGUUCAACAUGUGCAAAUCCUCUGGUGGGUGGAUUGCUCCCAUUCCUCUUUACUUUAUUUUUUAAUUUAAAAAGAUAACAUGAAAAUCUGCUUUUAGGGUAUGAGGGGGAGCAAGGUUUAUGAAAGCCAUAUAGCAUAAUAUGCACAUGCAGUUCAAUUCACAAGGGAACCAUGAGUGGGGGGGAGGGGGGAGUUGCCUCCAGCUUAAUAUAUCCUAAUAAUGGGGAAGUUCUCUCCUGCUGGGCUAUAAGUGAAAAAAGAAACUCAUUCAGAGGUGCUUUUUUUUGGCCUACAGUUGUAGGAGGAAUAUGAAGCAUUUUCUUCUUCCUUUGGUACUUUGUAUGGAUUUAGUUAUUAUGAGCCUCUGCGUGUCUGUGAAAUCUCGCUCCAAUCUUUCACCAAGCUCUAAUAUGAGAAUGACUUUCUUUCCUGUGAGGUUCACAGUGUACUUGUAUUUCCCCUCACUCACCCACCCACUCAAGACCGUUAACAAACAAACAAAAAUACGCCCCCCCCCCAUUUCUUCCCUGUCUCUGUUCUUCGUGGUGUGGAGGAUAGAAAAGGAUGGAUCUCCUUGAUUGGAAUAACAAGGCGAGGCCUUUUAACGCAGGCACUUAGCACUGCAGGGCAGAGGACCUGUGUUUAACAAUGUGUCACUGCUGAAAUAAUGUGAUUCUUCAGAGUCUUUUUUUCUUCCCCCGGAGUGUCUGAGUCAUUUCCUCUUGGCACAAUGUACCUCAAUUCACCUCUCUUCUUUUAACAUUCACCCCCCGCCCACAACCUGUUCAGAUGCUUGGGGGAGGAUGAUGCUCUAGAAAAUGUGUGUAUCUGAGGUGCUGAUGGUGCUAGCCUAGAGAGGGCCACUGUUCUGUGGCAUACAGCACAUACCCUUGCAUGCAUAAGGUCCCAGGUUCAAUCUCUUGGCAUCUCCAGCUAAAGGAUCUUGGGUAGCCUUGCUAGGCAGUGCCCAGGCCUUAAGCCUGCUCCAUGGAGAGUCAGUCCAUACUGAACUAGGUAGACUUGUGCUCUGCUUUUCCUCUCCAAAAAAGGAGAUGCUCAAAGUGACUUGCAAAUGAUUUUAAAAGGCAUCUUCAUAUGACACCAGCCACGCCAUGUGUUCUGCUCAACUAUAAGCCUUUUAUCUCUCUUCUCUCCCUCUCUCCUUCAUCACACUGUAGAUUCAUUGGAUACCAUGCACCAAGAGCAGCUUUAAGUAAGAGAAGUUGUGCAAAGCCCUUUCUCACUCUCUUGCCCUAGCUGCUGUUGUCACACUGGUACAAGAGAUACCGAAAGCACAGCAGCCCACCUGGGUGCAGCAGGCUUUAUCCUCAGAAGCCUCUUUCCUUCUAGGUGUUGGUCAAAGCAAAACGUCAUCCUUUGCCCAUCACUGCAGCUGUAGCAAAGAUUGGAGUGAGUUGCACUCGAAUUGCAGUCCAGGACUCACAGAAGGUGGGAAUGUCUCACUCUGCAAUUCUGUUAGAGCUGCCCAACGGCUGUCUCUAUGUAGCACAAAAAAGACCUGUGUGCCAGGAAAAAUAAUACUGACUUCCAACGAGCUUUCAGAUGUCCUCUUUAUGCCCCUCUGAUUUAUUUGAAGCAGUAGAUCAUACGUGGUUUUAAUCCCAUGGAGAAAGUGUUGUAGCUAGCUGAAGACAUAUUGAUCUAUAGUGCCUGAAAUAGAUUUACUGGAUUAUGGAUUUACUGGCAUUCUGCCAACAGUUUGAGUUGGGUUUCUUUCUAACCGUAAAAUAAAUGUAUAUAUGGCAAUAUUUUCUGUGGCACAUGCUGCAGCAAGGAAAAAAUCAGCAAAACAGUGGUGGUCUUAAAUAGAUAUACUUAUCAUGUGACACUUGCUGGUGUUUCAAGGCAAGCUUGAAUCAAGAAAAAUCUUAUUGGAAGGAUUUGUGAAUGAAGGAAAUAAGAGUACAAAAAACAUGUAGGAAAAUACUCCAAAUUUUCUGGUAUUCUGUAGUUUUGAUUUCAGGGUUUGCUGAUUUCAGAGUUGUAUUGGUAGAGAGCUACACAAAGGAGAUGUGAUCCUGAAAAACCAAAGGCAGAUUUCAGCGCCCUCUGUGCAGGAGGAUCCCCCUCCCCACUGCCAUGCUGGUGGUCCCAUUAAGAGAACAGGGUUCUGAACAAGAGUGUGAAGCAGAGGUGGCUAAGCUGUGGCCGUCUGGAUGCUGUGAGACACCAGCCAAUGGUGGGAGUUGUAGCCCAGCAGCAUCUGGAGGGCAACAGAUUCCCCACCCUUGCUAUACAGGAACACAGUCACAUCUGUUCCUUUGGUUCCAAUGCAUAGAAAGGGUACAACUUGCAAAUGCAGAAAUGAUUGCCAGUUUCUUUUCCCUCUUAGCCAUUGUGGAGCAGCUGCAUGCAUAAAAGGAAAUCUGAUUGUGUGAACAGGCCCCUGCGGGGGCUGUAUUAAUAAAUUCAUAGAACCGUAGAGUUGGAAAGGACCACAAGGGUCAUCCAGUCCAACCCCCUGCAAUGCAGGAAUCUUUUUGCCCAAUGUGGGGCUCAAACCCACAACCCUGAGAUUAAGAAUCUCAUGUUCUGCUGACUGAGCUAUCAGUAAGGUAUUGCAGAAGAAUGUAUUCCCCUUUAGUAUGCAAUCACAAAAGUAUUUUGUUAGGUCAACUUAAAAGUGAGAUUUUUAAUUUUUAAAAAAUGGUUAAAUCAGUUCAACUGUUAUCCAGCUGUCAUAGUAUAAUUCAUGUAGAGUUGAAGGUUUAAUCUAUCCUAGCCUGAAUUUUGGACCAGUUAAUGAGAUAGAACUCAUUUUAGAGGGACUGCAGGGUUUGAUCCCAUAUAGUCGCAUCAAGUCCCUACCUUUUUACUGACUGCAAAUUGCUUGCCAUUUUAUACUGCUUGAGAGUGUUUUGUCAUUUUCUUUCAGCUUCGGACUAAAUCCAGCUGUUUUAGCUCCUUGUUAAAAUGAAUUCUUCUAAGCAAUAGCUUCAGUGCUUUCCCACCUUAAUAAAUCUUGCUUUCCAGCAACCCAGCAGGCUUGCACUUUGUCACUCAUCUGCAAUAAAACGAGUUUCCUUCAAAGCUGUUUUUCAGCCAUUAGUUUAUCCUUCCUGUUUAUAUCAUUAAUGUGCAUACUUGUCUCUCUAGUUAUCUUUUCUCCUGAUGUGCUUACAAGUCAUUCAACUUGUGGUAGCUUCGUCUCUAGACAUCCUAAAAUGCAGAGAUAUUGCAUGUCUCUAUUCCCUUCUCUUUCAUACAUGUAGUAUGUGUUCUUUUAAUCUGGUAUUUUGGCAGCCCUUUGUGGGUCCAUAAUACUUUCUUCAUUCUCCUUGCACUUAAUUUUCUUCCACAAUGCCCCUUUAUACCUUUGUGCCUUGUAGAAUUUAUCUCAUGGAUGACUUGCAUGUUGCCUACUGCCACUUGUCAUCCUCGAUUUGCUUUCUGGCUCCUUCUUUUAUACAAUGUGUAUUUAGCUCCAGCAGUUAGGCCAAGAAGCAGGCCUUGCUGAUGACUCAAGGUUGGGAGAUUAUUUACCAGUCAGUAUAACCUGCUUCCUAAGAGUGAGAGAGGGGGAUAUUGGUGGCCUGGAGAUGAGUGAAAAUCACUACCUACAAGAAUCCAACAGCUUUAUUAAUAAACAGUUUUGUCAUGAAUCUAAGGUAUUGUGAUUUAGAAUGCAAAGACUACAAAGUUCUGUAGAAACUGUUGAAAAACAAACAAACCAGCCUUGGGGGGCUUUCCCGUAGCUUGGCUUGAGUGAAAUUUUGAGGGGCAGCUGACAUAACUGAUCAUAUUCCUUAGAAUAAUUUUAUUUUCCAUUCAAAGGCAGAGAAUAAAUUAUUGGAGAAGUUUCACUCAGUUUCAUAACACAGCUAUACUGGGCAAAUUCCUAUUCUGGGCUAGGUAAUUACGAACUUUACAAACAUUACUUGUGACAGCCAGUCUGCAGGGAGCCCAACAACACAAAAGAAACAAGGAAAUGUGAUGCGUUGUUUUACUUAUUUCUAAUACUCUGUUCUUCAGCUUAUAUGGCUAUUUCCAUGCAGUUUCUUUCCCAGUCAGGCACCGUUUGCACCCAGCACUGUGGACAUUCAAGCUGCUUAGGUGAGGUGGUGGUAUUGCCAGUUUAUUAGCAAUAGAUAUAAUGUGUUUUGUUAUGAUUCAAGGGCUUGAUUGUUCUUGGUUUCCCUCCUUUCAUCUGAUUCUUUCCAGACUGGAGAUAAGAGAGAAAUGUUAGUAUUUAUCAACAAGGGUGACAAAGGUGACUGGAUGAUGGAGUAGAGAUUUUCCUUACAUUUUUAGAGUUUGGGAAGAAAUACUUAAUCUGUCCAAAAUGAUUAUUUAAUUGCUCCUUAGGGAAAAAUGACCUUCACAUUUUUAAAAUUGUUUUGUUUUGUUGUUAAAAGACCCACCGGUAAGUGAAGUAGUUUAUUUUUAUGGACUGUGAAGAAUGAUCAAGUUUAUGAUAAGCAGUUUUCACUAAGGUCGUAAUUUUGUGCUGGAACAUCUUGAGGCUGAUAUUAUGGCUUUAUCUCCCACAGAUUCAUGGCUGUGGGGAGAAAGCCAAAGCAUAUGCCCGGCAGAGAAUCAGCAAAGAAGCUUCUCUAUGUGCCGGGAGUGGGUUAAAGGACAAGCCCUUGGAUCCUGCCAAGAGAGCUCAUCUCCAGAGGCGCCUGGACAAAAAACUCAGUGAGCUCACAAGCCAAAGAAAGAGCAAAAAGAAAGACAAAGAGAAAUGAGAGGAUUAGCUAUGUCAAGGCAAGAUGCUCAUCUGCCUGUCCUUGAGGCACCUUCGUAAAGCAGCAUGCUCAGGCUCCAGAGGAAAAAGCUCAUCACUCUCUUAAACCUUUUGGCUUCUUUCCCCCACCCCACACCCCCAAAAUCAAGAAUAUGUCCUUCAGCUUCAUGGUCCUCAGAGAGCCAGAGACUGACUGAAGAAAGGUUCCCACUGUCUGCAGGUUUCAAACAAUUCUCAAGUUGCAUCUUGCACUGUAAAAUGUGUUUUUCCUCAGUCACGUCAGAACUAUAAAGCCCUGUUGGUUAAGGAGAAAGGUGGGCAGCUUUUGUUUGUAGUAAUUAUCUUUAUUGGCGAGGUAAUAAAUGUACUCUGAGUGGGCGCAGAGCAGGUUUUACAAUAAAACAGUGAUAGCGUAUGCCUUGAGCAAUGAACUGUCCGUUUGACAUUGCAUGGUAAUGUAAUAAUCGUUGUCCGUGGGACUCCUGUCCCCCCCCCCCCAAUGUGUGGGAGCAAUAAAAACCUCUCCAGGUGGUCCACAAAAUUAAGGGAAUACAAAUAGCUUUUUCCAUUUCUCAAGCUCAGAAACUUGUAUGUUGAAAGAAAAGAUUCUAAAAAAGAUGUGUUAAAAUUGUGAGGGGACAAAGUGAAGAAAAAUCUAGAAAAAAUAACCUGGGUUCACUGGCCCAGCACAUACACUUUUACUGGAAUAUGCUGGGAUUGCGCGCAGGUCUUCUGCAUACAAAGAUGUGUUCUACCCCUAUGCCACCACUGUGUGCUAUGGACCUUAACUUACAGUAGGGAAACCUCAGGGCCAGGGUCCAAAUGAAGUCCUUGCAAGUCUCUCUGUUUCAUCCCUGAGACUCUUCCCAGUGCCACAUCGUGCACUAGGCCCAUAUCAAGUGCUUUAGCCUGUCUUGAAUGUGUAUCUGAACUGUGGUGCUGAGGGGUUCCUGUCAGGGGAUCCUCUGACUUGCACAUGGCUGGAGUGUGGUCUACUGUGCUAAGGUUGGGUCCGAUCUGUUGCUCCACUUGUUUGUUUUCCUCUGACCCUUCCAGCCACUGACAUGCAGCUCUUUGAAGGUUGUCCAUGAGGGAAUGUGUCCGUGCAGCUGAAAAGCAUUUGCCAUCCCUUGGCUUAGAAUCACAGAAUUUGUAAGGUAUAAUUUUUUUCUCAAAUUCAUUCAAGUUCCAAUAAAAAUAGACACAUUUCUUUUUGGGGGAGUGUGUGGAGCUGUUUACAAAACAAUGUAGUCCCACAAAUAAUUACCCAGUAGAGUUUUCAUCGUGCAGAACUAUAUGCAACCAAGAAGCAGGGAAAUAAUGGCCCCAUUUUCAGGGGAGGGCUCUCAGUGUCCUGUUGCUAUGGAUGUGGCCUCAUGAUUUUGUUCAGAGGCUCAAGUACUUUAAGAAAGAAAAAGGGUGCAUUCCUCUCCUGUUCUUUUCAGGCAGUGUCCUUUUCACCUCAUCCUGCGAACUGGUAUCUAGAGCAAGUUAAUUGUAUUUUUGUUGGUUCUUUUAUUUCUUAUAUUAAGAACAGAACAAGAGCCUGCUGGAUCAAGCCAGUGGCCCAUCUAGUCCAGCCUACUGUUCUCACAGUGACAUUUUAUUGUAUUACAAUUUGAAUUCUGUGGAGUGCAAAUUGUACAGUAUCUAGCACAAUGUCUUAUAAUUGCUACAACAGGCAGAAAAACCAUUAAGUGGUCUGCCAAGGCCAUCAGCAAUUUUCAAGUGGUCCGUGGGGGGGGGGUAGUUUGGGAACCACUGAUCUAGAAUGAUUACAAGUCCCAAGUUCCUUUAGCCGCAAAUGUCCUAGAUGUUCUUGGCAGGAUUUGUUCAGCCUUGGGCUCAAAAGCAAUGGGAUGUCAUUCUCUUGCCAUGCAUGGUGUCUCUAAGGGUCUACAAAUGCCCUGCAGUUCUACCAUCUGCCAGUAUUAACCUUGGGUUUGUUACCCUUCCAGUCUCUCUUCUCCUUUACUUUAAAUUAAUGUGUUCACUUUCUCUUGUCAGCCUUGAAAACACAAGAGGUGUUUGUGUUUUAUCAUCUGAUCCUAACAGUUGGCGUCACAUCAUUUCUGAGAUUCUAAUAAUGAUGCAGCUACAACCUUGAUUGCUCUUGGAUUCUGAACCCAUAACUUAUAAUGCGAGCCGGCAAUAAUAAAAUGAAAUUGAAUUCGUUUUUUAAAAACCCACAAUCAUUAUAUUCUGCAUAAAAUUAAUGUACUCUGUUUAGGAAAGCUCAGUGUGACCAGAUGAAAUUUUACCAGAGCAGAAUGCUAAAUGCAGAUCAGUAUGCAAGAUCCAAAAGAGGAUUUGGAGCUACGUUGGUCCUAAUUGUAAUAGAUUGAUUGAGGUAGGACUCCAGUGCAUAUUAUUACACUCAUUGUAGUGUGGGUGUCUGUGGGCAGGGGCAAGGAAUCUGGACAGUUUUAGAAGUGUAUUUCCUCCCCUAGAUGCAGACACUGGCAAUUGUCCCUUGGGUUUUGUGUCUGUGUUUGUAAUGUAUAAUAUUAGCUAUUUGAAGACAUAACAAUAACAAUAUGGUGACAUAAUAAUUGUUAUUAUAAUUUUUAAAAAGAAGUGUGGGAAGAGCAGUAGCUCCAUUAUUAAGAUCUCUUUACACUUGACUGUGUUUGGGUUGCAUAGCACCUUCUAGUUUGGAGUGCUGCUGGCUUAAUGAGCAACCCCUUCCUUUAGUAUCACCUUCUGGAAUACUUCAAAGAUGACGAAUAAUGCCUUAUUAACAGAGCCCGUUCUCUGAAAUGUAAAAGAACAGAAGUGUGACACAAGGUUACAGUGUAAUUAUAAUAAAUCUGAGGAGGACAAUUCCCUCAAUAGUUAGUUAUUCCAUGCUGAUAAAAUAUUUCUGAGCUAACAUUAAAAAAAGUAAAAAAUGGACAGACUUGCUGCCAAGCAGUUAAAAUUUCCCUUGGGCUUCUUGCCCAGAAACCAGUUGAUAUUAGUUCUGUCAUUUAAAUUUUCCUUAAAAAUAUACAAUGAAACCAGCACAAGGAAAGCCACCAGCUGGCAAGUCAAGGCUGAAUUAUUUCAAAUCACAGCAGAAUGGAACAGAGUAUAAAUCUCAUCUGUUCUGCUUGUACCUCUAUCUUCACAUCUGCUUCUGCUGUUACCAAUUUCCAUAAUUGUUUAUCAGGGCUUAAUUUGAACCUAGCACCUUCUCCUGUGUCUUACCAUCAUUGCCUUUGCUGGCACUUUUGGAGGGGAGAUUGAGGAAGGGAGUUGUGACCCAUUUAGGCUGUGGAGAAAACAUCUGACCCCCUGAACUGUAUUUAAGCUGGACUGCUGUGGCUCCCUGGAGUGCAGCAAGGUUUGAACUUGUAGCGUUGAUAAGCUUUCUAAUUUAUUUAUUGGCCUCUUAAUAUUUAUUUUGCUCUGUACUUGUUAUGCAUUAUCUAGAUGAUUUCAGUGUAAUUUAUUGCAUUUAUCCUUUUGGUUUUUCUUUGUUUGAAUUUAGUGGUAUGUUUUGUAACAUUUUAUGUUUGUAUAUUUAUUUUUAAAAUUGCUGUUACGAGCUGCUUUUGAGUGCAGUUCACCUUGGGAAAGUAGCAUAAAAAUGAAAUAAACUUAGCUCAUUGCUUUUGAUAUCAGAGCUUAAUCCCCUAAUCAGCUGGGCAAUAAUGAGCAUGUUCAAAGAACCUUCUCACCACUGAGUAUCUAUAGUCUGUUCCCACAUAUAUCCAAGCAGAGUUGAGCUCCAAUUCCACAAGAUUUUUUGAAAUUAACCACCGGUGUAUGUUUGGGAGCUGGAAAGACACUAGCAAUUAGUCCAUGGACUGAAAGCUAGAUGCUCUAGAUUCCCUACAUCAAACAAGGGUUAGACUGAAUGGGUUACACAGCCCCCUACACUUCUGUGAUUCUGUUCCUUCCUUCCUGGAUCUAUGUGGCUGUAGAAUCCAAAUCUGCAGCCUCUUUAUCUGUGAUAGCUCUGUUAUGCUGCCAGGACUAGAGGUAGCAAUAAUUUCAUUUUGUUGCUUAGCAGGAAGGGUUUGUUGCCUCACUGCGUCUUAGAUCCAAGGAACAGUUCUGCAUUCCAACACAUGGAAACAAUUCCAUGUGUUGUAUGAAAAGACAGGGACUUGCUGCCUUUCAUUUCAGCCCAUCCACAGGCAUCUUUAAGACAAUAGUGUUUUUGAGAGGUGUCAGCUGUGCAGAAUCCAUCAGCCUCAGAAGGAGUUGUCUGAGUUACUGAUAAGCCUGUAUAUACUAAUUGCAGUCUCACUUCUCUGAGUACCAGUCCUUAGGUAACCAAAACAGCACCAUCCAAGCACAAGAUGGGAUAUCUGGAGGCUUGGAGGACUCAAGAAUUACAGCGGUACGAAACAUCCCCCCCCCCCCCAAAAAAAAGACCCAAUGAGGACUCCCAUCAUAAAAAAACAGCCCAAUGUGGAUGGAGCAUGCCUUGUGUGAUGCUAACUGUUGGAGGAAGUAUAAAAAACUGGGCAGGAGGAGAAAUGGAGUGGUGUGUCCUGGAAAAACUACUUCACCUUGGUUGGAACACUGAAGGUUCCACUGUGAGAGUCAUUCUAUAUGGAUCCAAAGUAGCACCACCCACACACAAAAGGGUGGUAACUCCUACAGGGAUGAGGCCCCUCACUACACUCCAAUGAACUGCCCAGAGAACUUGGUUGGGCAAGCUACAAGUGUUCUAAAUAAAUAAAGCUAGAACAUAGAGCCAACCUAUGGAAUUGGUGCAUAGUAGAUUCAGGACAGGUUAGACUGGGGACCACUAACUUAAGAUGUUUUUUGAACAUAUUCAUUGAGUGGCACUUGCAUCUUUUCAGGUUUUUGUGCUUGCACUGCUCUUUAUACAACCAUGAGGAUUCCCCAUCCCCUUUCCUCCCCAAGAACUAAAUUUUAAAAUAAACAUUCACAGUUUGUACUGUAAAACAGACACUCUAAAUGCUUUAUAUUGGCACUACUCUAAAGCCGCUCUAAAUGCACCACUUUGUGCUAUAAAUGUGCCCAGGCUUUUGUGGGUGUUUAAUUCCAGUGGGUUGGUUGUGAUUUAACCCUGCCCUGGGUUGUUAGCUGCAUUUUAUCUGUGCCAUAAUGUUUUAUGUUUAGAAAUGCCAUUUUAUUGUAUGCUACCUUGAAGCUGGAUGGUUAUGGCAAUUUAAAAAUGUUUUCAUGACUAAUAAUAACAACCCGAAAUGCA